AGAGUGCCCUCCCUCAGUUUUACUGUCAAGACCGGCAGACUGAGGACAGCCUCUCCCAGUGACGUUUCAGGGUCCUCGCAAAUCCACAACAGUCAUGGCGGCUCCCAUGAGCAGGUGGCUAGGCUGCGUAGCUGGCAUAGGUGGAAGGUGGGUUUGUAAUUAUUAUUGUGCUAUGAAGCGCUGGUUAAUUAAACCUCAUAACGUUGGUAAUUGGAACCAGACCCUAACCCACUAAAACCUUGAAGUUAGUGGUAAAGCAAGAGACAAAAAAUGUGACUGUGCUGUACUACCUCACUCUGGACUCUAAUGCUGCUGUGGACUGCUGUUCUAGUAGCUGUGCUUGAUGGGAAAUGGUAGUCACAACAGUGGGGUUCCAGAACUGAUCAGUCUGUUCUAGAGGAGGAUCUGCUUAGGACAUGUGUAAAGAAGGGCAAUUCAAGGUGGUAUUCUAAGAUCUGUUAUAAAGAGGUCACAUGCUGAAGUCAUCUCUAGGAACCAAUAUAACAGGGAAAUGCUGCCUCCCCCCUCCCCAAAAAACUAAACUAAAAUGUUUUUUUUUGUAAAUUACAGGGUUGCCCAUAAGUCCCUACCCAUCCAUAUAUCCAGUGUAUCUGUGUGCUGGAUGGGUAAGGAAUUAUGGGCCACCCUGUAUAUCCUUGAAAAGAUAUACCAAGCUCACACCUGGCAGACAUAACCAGGUUAUUAAAGUUUUAUGCUGUUCAGAAUAUAUUUUGUUUUAUAAUGUAACUAGAACCUCAUGAAGUUAUAACAGACCAUACAUAUUUAUUGAGGCUUAUUCACCAAACAGUGAGUUCACAAGACAAUCUCAAACUCUAGGUCAAAAUACAUUUUCUCUCUCUCUCUCUCUCUCUCUCUCUCUCUCUCUCUCUAAUAUUUUGACCUGUGUAUGGUUUAGUGAAUAGACCCUUUUCUGUUUACUCUCUACUGUGAAUUUUUUUUUAAUACGAUCCACAAUGUCUUUGAUUUUGCUUUUUAAGAUUUUACAGUCAUCUGCAGAGGACACAAAAAUAUUCCACAGUGACACAGACGCUUUAUCCGUUUGCUACAAAGAAGAAACAUCAGCUGGCACCCCAAAUUUUUCAAAAUCCAGGUUAGUUUGUAAACUAUGCAAUGGUUUGCCUCACACUAGUUUCGGUUUUAAAAAGUGUCAUUUAGGUAAACAAUUCAUGUUGGAUAUUACAUUUAUCCCAUAAUAACAUGCUUUAGUACAGAUCACUUUGCAUUGUUUUUUUUAGUCUUUAAAAUAAUGCAGAGAGUGUUAAAUUAAUUAUAUCUCUGCUGCUUAGGUGUGUUAGGAUACAUUAAGGGUUAUUACCAAUAGGAAGUAUUAUAGGAACCCACUAUAAAUAUGUUAUCUCAGUGUUACAGUAAUAAACACAGAAUGCACACCAAAAGACCACAAAAAAGUCUCUAUCUGUAUUUAUUACAUCACAAGUACAAAUACCAUAUUAAUACAGCAAUAAGUGACUCGUUAGGCAAACAAUAUACAGAAAUAAAUAUUUACCACACUCCACAAGCCUAAUCGGGCAGAAACACGAGUCAAAAAACAAAAAACCCCAACGUUUCGGCUCCUCCUGGUUCCCUUUAUCAAGGUAGCUAGAUAAAGGCUACCAGGAGGAGCCGAAACGUUGGGGGUUUUUGUUUUUUGACUCGUGUUUCUGCCCGAUUAGGCUUGUGGAGUGUGGUAAAUAUUUAUUUCUGUAUAUUGUUUGCCUAAUGAGUCACUUAUUGCUGUAUUAAUAUGGUAUUUGUACUUGUGAUGUAAUAAAUACAGAGAGAGACUUUUUUGUGGUCUUUUGGUAUGCAUUCUGUGUUUGUUUAUUAUUGAUUAUAUUGGUAUUUUAGGGAGUACCAUUAUAGAAUAGCACCCUAUCAACUGUUUAUAAUUGUGUUUUGUAGUAUUCUCUCCGUACUUUGUAUAUUAUAUGAUCUCAGUGUUACAGUGAGUUAGAGUUUCUUUGUGCCGUUAGGGUUGGUACUUGAUCGGUAUACCGGCACUGCCAGUCUAGGCAGGAUUUGAGGCAGUUUGGUUGGUGCCACUAUUGCAUAUGUACCAUAGAUGCAAAGGCAGUUUAUUUUUUUUCUGCUUAAAUGGGGGGGAGGAGGGGGGAAUUAUUUCCUACUCCAUAACCUUAAAUUGUAACUGUAAAAAUACCAUUCUUUCCCAAUAAAUGUGUGCACCUAUUAGUGAAACUUAAAUGACAGUAAGGGUCUUUUUGUAAAUAAUGGGAGAGGGACUGAUCUGUAGUUAAAUGUAUUGCUUGAAUUAGUUUGUAGUUAAGUGUAUAAUUGAUUUACGAUUUAUUGUUACAAAGCAAUGGUAUAAUGCACAGGUUCUCAACCUGUGCAUUUGUGUACCCCAAGGGGUACAUGUGCCAAGGCAGAGUAGGUACCUGCUUGCACGGACAGUAGGUGCCAACUCUGCCCGAAUGUGCUGUGUCCAGAGGGUAGAAUGAAGGCGGGCAGCGAGGGAGCACUUAUGUUCAGCACACUGCGGCGAUGCCAGAAGUCAGGUUAUAACAUCACUUCAACCCCGGCAUCACUAGCCAGCACAUGAGGGAACAGUGCUGGAAGAGCACAAAUAUGACAGCAGCCACACUAUACCCCUCGGAAAUGAGCCCCACUGGACCACACAGAAAGAUCCACUCCAGCUCUCCCAAAGGUAUGGAAGCUGGGUGGACUUACACUCACAAAUUAUUAUUUUGGGGGGUUUUUUUAUGAGAGAGAAAGAAUGUAUUUGUGCCAGUGUGUGUGUCUUUCAGUUUCCUCUGUGUGCAACUAUUAUGUGUGUAUUAUUUUUUCAGUUUGUGACUUUUAUACUUCAUAUUAUUAGUUCAUACACAAGGUAGCGGAGCUCUCUUUUCCCCCUGGCUGGGUACAUCCGCCAAGGAUUGCUUCCUAGCUGGAACCGGGGAAAAUUGACAUUCUUCUGCCUCAGCCACUGUGGCUUGACUUGGGUCCUCCUGGAGCCUCUCUGUCCUGGAACAGGAUAAAGAAAUAGCUCUAUUUCCUUCCCGGGACUGGACGACACACAAUCUUUGGGACUAUAGUCCUUACAAGGACUUUCCCUGCUGAAUCCUCCACGAGCUUGAACAAGAUGUUCAGCAAUGAAUAACCCUUUCCCUCCCCAGUAACUAGAUGACACACAGUUCUGGGAGUACAACUGAUUUUAAUGAGCCAAAACUCUGCCUUUUAUGCACAGACCCCAGCAGGGGAUCUUCAUACAACACAAUACAAGCCCCAUCCAGAGAUAUCAGUGUCUGGCAGAUAAUUUAGUUAAAUACCGGUAAGUUAAUUAUCUCCCAGGUACAGAGAACCAAACAUAAAAACAUGUGUACUAUAUCCCCAGACCUGAUCUGAGCACCCAAGUUGUUUCAAAUAGAGCUCAGAUCCAUACAGUAUAGGGGAAACGCCACCAGGGUAAAGUUCUGACCAGCCGCACAUGUGGUCCUAUGCCCAAAAUAGUUCUAGAGCAAUGUGUGCUUUGGCUCUAAGGGAGCAUUUGUUCCUCUUUGUCUCUGGCACCUUCUCUCCAAAAAGCACGGGUUAAUAUAGUUGUUUUGGUGUUUAGUGUCUGUCUUUGCAGGCUUUUUAAUGUAAACAUUGCCUUACAGAGAAAAGGCAGUGUUCACAUUGCUGUCUAGGAACACUUAUAGUGGCAGUCACUCAGGCCUCCACUGGAGGUUCUUCCUGGGUCAGUACUGAACAAUGUGUAGCUCUGAUGUCCAAUGUCUUCAAGCACUGCAUGGAGGCACUGAACGUUCUCCAUAUAGAUGCAUUGAUUCAAUGGGAAGGCAUUGGAUUGACUGAGAUCCUUAUGGCACUUGAAGAAGGUGAGUAAAUCAUCAUUUUACUGCAGGGAGUGGGGCUAGACACAUAAACGGCAUUAUUAGAGCUAUAGUGUCAGGAAUACAUGUUUAAGCUAGAAUUGUUUUGGUGCUUAGAGUAUGCUUAAUAAAAAAAUAUAUUUGUAAUUCUCUUCCAAAUCAAUCUAUGAUUACCACAGGUCGCCUAAUAGCUGAUUUAUACUUAGACUUCUUUAACCCCUUCUCAACCGCGGACCUACCAGGUACAUCUGACAAAAAAAAGGUAGUUAACGACCUCAGACGCACAUGAGAGGUGUUUAAUUAAUGUAUCUGUUAAAGUGGAAGCCCCCAACCACAUUUCCAAGGGCCAAGAUUGAUUUAAAUCUUUUUCCCAAAUUCUCAUAUUUAAGCACUUAAUAUUCAAACCCCCAUCUCUCAAAAGGCUAAAACAUUUUGAAAGCAUAUGAACUUAUUAUUUUUUCACAUGGUGUCAACUGUCUGACCUCCUUUAGACAAUACCUUGAAGAUUAAAUGCUAGAUUUCAACCUAUUAUAUUCCAUCCACAUACUAGUUGGAGUAUUAAAGUUGGACUGGAUAUAAUCAAAUGGGAGAAAUACGUCAUUUACAUAUAAGUCUCUCAAAUAUUUACAUCCUCCUUUUGAUAAGAUCUCUAACUGAGGAGAAUGAAUCUUUUCUUGAAUCCAUGAGAUGGGAGAAAUCGAGCUUGGAAAUGGAAUCAAAGAAUAUUUACGAUUCAAUUUCCACCAACUUUUUAGAGUGUACCAAAAUGUCGAAGCUUUUCUAUGGACUAAACCACUAGAUAAAUCAUCUCGAAAAAGAAUUGAAUUCAGGUGCAUUUCUUUAAAGAGGAAAGCUUCUAUAGAUGCCCAAUUAUUACUUUGGGCCUCUUCUUCCCAACUCAACAUGUGAGCCAAAAGGGAGGCUUCCUGAUAUUUCUUAAUAUCUGGAUAUGCAAUCCCUCCACCAGAAAUGGUUUUUAACCAAAAUUGGUAUCUUAAUGCGUAUUCUUUUAUUCUGAUGGAUAAAUACAUCAAGCACCCGCUGUAGGCUAUUCAACAAAUAGGUAGGACACUGACAGGGUAUGCAGCGCAUGAUAUAAGUGAUCUUAGGCAAUAUAGUCAUCUUAAUUGCUGCUAUCCUGCCUGACAAAAAAAAACAUAUUAAGAUUUCUCCAUGUGGCUAGCACGUGCGUAAUAUUUGAAUAAACUGAUUGGAAGUUUACUGUAAUAGUUUUUUUUUUAUUUCAGCAAACAGUUUGAUUCCUAAAUGAGUCAUUGAAUGAUGCCAGUUAAACUGAUAUAACUGACUUAGAGAAUGUUUCUCGAACCACCCCAUGUUGAAACAAAUCACUUCAGAUUUUUUUUACAUUUAAUUUAUAAUUGGAUAUUACACUACAGGGAGUGCAGAAUUAUUAGGCAAAUGAGUAUUUUGACCACAUCAUCCUCUUUAUGCAUGUUGCCUUACUCCAAGCUGUAUAGGCUCGAAAGCCUACUACCAAUUAAGCAUAUUAGGUGAUGUGCAUCUCUGUAAUGAGAAGGGUGUGGUCUAAUGACAUCAACACCCUAUAUCAGGUGUGCAUAAUUAUUAGGCAACUUCCUUUCCUUUGGCAAAAUGGGUCAAAAGAAGGACUUGACAGGCUCAGAAAAGUCAAAAAUAGUGAGAUAUCUUGCAGAGGGAUGCAGCACUCUUAAAAUUGCAAAGCUUCUGAAGCGUGAUCAUCGAACAAUCAAGCGUUUCAUUCAAAAUAGUCAACAGGGUCGCAAGAAGCGUGUGGAAAAACCAAGGCGCAAAAUAACUGCCCAUGAACUGAGAAAAGUCAAGCGUGCAGCUGCCACGAUGCCACUUGCCACCAGUUUGGCCAUAUUUCAGAGCUGCAACAUCACUGGAGUGCCCAAAAGCACAAGGUGUGCAAUACUCAGAGACAUGGCCAAGGUAAGAAAGGCUGAAAGAUGAUCACCACUGAACAAGACACACAAGCUGAAACGUCAAGACUGGGCCAAGAAAUAUCUCAAGACUGAUUUUUCUAAGGUUUUAUGGACUGAUGAAAUGAGAGUGAGUCUUGAUGGGCCAGAUGGAUGGGCCCGUGGCUGGAUUGGUAAAGGGCAGAGAGCUCCAGUCCGACUCAGACACCAGCAAGGUGGAGGUGGAGCACUGGUUUGGGCUGGUAUCAUCAAAGAUGAGCUUGUGGGGCCUUUUCGGGUUGAGGAUGGAGUCAAGCUCAACUCCCAGUCCUACUGCCAGUUCCUGGAAGACACCUUCUUCAAGCAGUGGUACAGGAAGAAAUCUGCAUCCUUCAAGAAAAACAUGAUUUUCAUGUAGGACAAUGCUCCAUCACACGCGUCCAAGUACUCCACAGCGUGGCUGGCAAGAAAGGGUAUAAAAGAAGAAAAUCUAAUGACAUGGCCUCCUUGUUCACCUGAUCUGAACCCCAUUGAGAACCUGUGGUCCAUCAUCAAAAUGUGAGAUUUACAAGGAGGGAAAACAGUACACCUCUCUGAACAGUGUCUGGGAGGCUGUGGUUGCUGCUGCACGCAAUGUUGAUGGUGAACAGAUCAAAACACUGAAAGAAUCCAUGGAUGGCAGGCUUUUGAGUGUCCUUGCAAAGAAAGAUGGCUAUAUUGGUCACUGAUUAGUUUUUGUUUUGUUUUUGAAUGUCAGAAAUGUAUAUUUGUGAAUGUUGAGAUGUUAUAUUGGUUUCACUGGUAAUAAUAAAUAAUUGAAAUGGGUAUAUAUUUGUUUUUUUGUUAAGUUGCCUAAUAAUUAUGCACAGUAAUAGUCACCUGCACACACAGAUAUCCCCCUAACAUAGCUAAAACUAAAAACAAACUAAAAACUACUUCCAAAAAUAUUCAGCUUUGAUAUUAAUGAGUUUUUUGGGUUCAUUGAGAACAUGGUGGUUGUUGUUCAAUAAUAAAAUUAAUCCUCAAAAAUACAACUUGCCUAAUAAUUCUGCACUCCCUGUAUAUUCAUUUAUAAUCUCUUGAAGAGCUCUGAGGGUUUUAAUCGGGUUUUCUAUAGUUAAUAUAACAUCAUCCGAGGACUAUUGCAUGAAAUUUUCGGUUUUCCACAAUCCCCGUUAUAUCUAUCGAUUCCCUUAUCGCAGACGCCAAUGGCUCAAUAAUCAAGGCAAAAGUUAAUGGGGACAGAGGGCAACCUUGCCUAGUGCCAUUUGAGAUGGCAAACCUUCCAGAUCGAAAGUUUUGACCAAUAACACUCGCAGUGGGAGAUGUAUAUAGGGCAGCUAUCGCCUUAGAGGCAAAAUCACCUAAUCCAUAUUUUGACAGGGUGAGGAACAUAAAGUCUCAAUCCACCCUGUCAAAUGCUUUCUCAGCAUCACGUCCCACAAAUACUGCUUUUUUUUUUUUUUUUUUUAACCACUGAAAUUAAUCUCAAAUGUUUCCUAAUAUUGUAGGAACCCAGUCUACCCUGAAUAAAACCAGUUUGAUCAGAGUUGAUCAGAUUGUGGAUAUAUUUAUUUAAUCUUUCCGCCAAAAUUUUGGCAUAGAUCUUAAUACCCACAUUAAAUAAGGAUAUAGGUCUAAAAUCCUUACAUUCAGGGGUUAACUUAUUUGUUGUAGGAAUAGUUAUUAUUUGAGCCUCCAACAUUUCUGGACAAGCUCGACCUGCCUUCUUAAUUUCAUUUAAUGUUUGACACAAAUAACCAGAGAUCUCCUCUUGGCAAAGUGAAUAAUAUUGAUUAAUUAGGCCAUCCGGUCCCGGAGCUGAGCCAAAUCUCAGUUUUGAAAUUGCCCAUUUAACUUCCUCUUCCGUAAUCUCUUUGUUUAACUUUUCCAACUCAGUUUGAGAAACACUAGGAAGAAAAAUCUUAUCUAGAAAUUCCACAAUUUUCCUUUUUUUCCCACUGCCAUCUAUAUGAGAAGGGUUAAAAUUAUAAAGAUCAUAAUAGUAUCUCUCAGAACAUGCGGCAAUAUCAUCAGGCUUAACAAACAAUUCUUUAUUAUGUGAAAGCUUAUUUAUUCUGCCAUUAAUUGAUUUUUGUUUCAACUUACUAGCCAUCAUUUGCCCUGCUCUAUUUUGACCAUGAUAUGAUCUUUGUUGUGAAGCCCACAGCGAUUUAUCCACCAGCAGUUGCUGUAUUCUUUUUAUUUGUGAUUGUAAAUCCCGAAUUUUAUUAAGCUUCAGAUCCGAUGGGGAUUUUUUAUUUUCUCUAUCUAUUAAAGCAAGUUCUAUAUGUAAGUCCCUUAAUGAUUUUCCUCUCUGCUUCUUUAAAAUUGAUUGUGAUUUUAUCAUUAUCCCUCUUAUAUAAGCCUUAUAGGAGAGCCAUACUAUUUCUUUAGAGUUUACGGUACCGUCAUUCCUUAAAAAGAAUGCAUCUGUUUCAUUUAAAAAUUUUUUUUAUAUUUGAGGAUCUUUUAAUAAUUUUAAGUCCAUUCUCCAUGGUCUCUUAUUCUUGACGGGAGGAUCUCUUCCCAAACUUACUCCAAUCAACCCAUGAUCAGACCACAUAAUCACCCCUAUUUCUGAGUGUCUAAUAUUAGAAAUACCCUGCCCAUCCACAAAAAUAUAAUCCAAUCUACUAUACAUUCUAUGUCUGUGUGAAAAGAAUGAAUAGCCCCUCUCAGGUGGGUGCAACGUUCUCCAUGUAUCAUAAAGGUUAUAUUUAAACUAGAAAAUCUACAAUUUCUGGGGAAAUUGUGUGAAGUGUUCUUGCCUCCACCAGUAGUCUACAACUGGAGUGGGCGGAGUAACUGUUAUCAUUUAUAUAGCACAUUUAAUUGCAACGUUGUUGCACAGUUACAUUAAACCAUACAUUUAUAAAAACAUUAGCAGGUGUUCAAAAGGCCCUGUCUAUGACAUCACUUGCUGCUGCAGCCUGGCACAGGUCAGAGUAUUUUGGCGGUUGCCAUCUUCAAACGGUCGUAUUUUAACCCCUUAAGGACGGAGCCAAAUGUACACGUUGUGAACCAAAAAAAUGUAAACAAAACCUGGAAUUUGCGCUACAUGUCUGUCCAACCGUAAUUCACCUCUUUCAUAGUAGAUGCACCCACCCUUAUUAUAUAUCAUUUUAUUCAGGGGAAACAGGGCUUUCAUUUAAUAUCAAAUAUUUAGCUAUGAAACAUAAUUUAAUAUGGAAAAAAAUGGGAGAAAAUACGAUUUUUUUUAUUUUUUAUUUUUUUUGUUCUACAUGACAUUUUAACGGUCAAUGUCAUAAUACUGUUUGCUUUUACUGCAAUAAAAUACACAUAUUUGUAUUCAGCAAAGUCUCACGUGUAAGACAGUACCCCCUAUGUACAGGUUUUAUGGCGUUUUGGGAAGUUACAGGGUCAAAUAUAGCACGUUACAUUUGAAAUUGAAAUUCACCAGAUUGGUUACGUUGCCUUUGAGACUGUAUAGUAGCCCGGGAAUGAAAUUUACACCCAUAAUGGCAUGCCAUUUGCAAUAGUAGACAACCCAAGGUAUUGCAAAUGGGGUAUGUCCAGUCUUUUUUAGUAGCCAUUUGGUCACAAACACUGGCCAAAGUCAGCGUUAGUAUUUGUUUGUGUGUUAAAAAUGCAAAAAACACCAAUUUUGGCCAGUGUUUGUGACUAAGUGGCUACUAAAAAAGACUGGACAUACCCCAUUUGCAAUACCUUGGGUUGUCUACUAUUGCAAAUGGUAUGCCAUCAUAGGGGUAAUUUUCAAUCUUGGGCUACCAUAAGGUCUCAAAGGCAACGUAACCAAUCUGGCGAAUUUUAAUGUGAAAAAAAUGAAAGCAUAAGCCUUAUAUUUGACGCUGUAACUAGCCCAUAAAGAGCAUAAACACAUGAAAUUACCGUUGUACUUCGGGAGACCACUGAACACAAAUAUUUGUGUUUCAAAACAGUAAAAAGUAUCACAGCAAUAAUAUCGUCCGUGUAAGUGCUGUUUGUGCGUGAAAAAUGCAAAAAACGUCACUUUUACUGGCGAUAUCAUCGUUGUAAUACAUUUUACUGUUUUGAAACACUAAUAUUUGUGUUCAGCGAAGUCUCCCGAGUAGAACAGUACCCCCCAUGUACAGGUUUUAUGGUGUCUUGGAAAGUUAUAGGGUUAAAUAUAGUGCUAGCAAAUUAAAUUCCCUUUACUUUCGCAUGGGUUGUCAGGCAGGUCCCGCUAAUUGUAAUUAAUUAAGAUACCUAAUUAUGUAAAAAUAUUACAUAAAUAUAUAUGUAGAAUUAAUAUGUGUGUGUGUGUGUGUGUGUAUAUGUAUGUGUGUGUGUGUGUGUGUGUGUGUGUAUAUAUAUAUGUAUAUAUAUGUGUGUAUAUAUAUAUAUAUAUAUAUAUAUAUAUAUAUAUAUAUAUAUAAAAUACACAAGAUCCAAGCACUCCACCUAUCCACUAAACAACAACUUCAAUAUUUGAAAGAUUUUUAUUUGUUUUUAAAAACACCUAAUCUGAGGCAAAAAUAAUGGGGAGUUUAGUUACAUUAUAUGAUCAUACAUUGCAUAAGCCUACCACCAUCCAAUGUACCCCAUCUUUGGCAGGUCCUACACUAACAGCCUAAUGUCUGCUCUUAUGAGAUUAACCUACUUGGGGAAAGAAAUUCCAUCUGGGGCUCUCUGCAGUACAAGGCUAAAUAGGGCCCUGGGAUGAGGCACCUGUGACAGGGAGGGGUGCAAAACCAAGGAGUUGGCUAGACUCCCAAAUAUAUAAAACAAGAGGGGGUUGGCUGCACUCACCUUAACAUGCAUAAAUGGGGUGCUGCUGGGGGCCAAAUAAUACAAUACACAAGAUCCAGCGCACUCACCUAUCCACUAAACAGCAACUUCAAUGUUGAAAGAUUUUAUUUGUUUUUUUAAAAACACCUAAUCUAGGCAAAAAUAAUGGGGGUUUAGUUACAUUAUAUGAUCAAACAUUGCAUAAGCCUGCCACAACGUCAAUGUACCCCAUCUUUGUGUAUAUAUCUAUAUAAUUUUUUAAAAAUAUUUUUAUUUAUAUAUAGUGAUAUAUACGUAUAUAUUUAUGUAUAUAGAUAUAUAUAUUAUUUCGUUCUACGUGUAUUUUGAUAUAUAUAUAUAUAUUCAUUUCACAAUACAGUUAGAACGAAAUAACACACAUCUAUAUAUUUUUUAAUUAUUUCUUUUUAAUUUUUUUUUAUUUUAUUUUUUAACGUAUUUACAUAUUUAAUUUUUUUAUAUUAUAUAUAAAUAUAUAUAUAACAAUAAUUAUAUAUAUUUAAUCAGUAUCAGUCUACGUGUAAUUUGAUAUUAAUAUAUAUAUAUAUAUAUAUAUAUAUAUAUAUAUAAUAUAAUUAUGUAUAUAUUAAUAGUAAAAUACACCUACACGGUGUACGUGUGUGUAUGUAUAUGUGUGUAUAUAUAUACUUAUUUCAUAUAUAUAUAUAAUAUAUAUAUGAUCUAAGUAUAUAUAUAUAUUAUUUUUUUUACACUAACAAAUUUUAUUUUCAUUUUAUUUUCAGCCAGCAGGGGGACCACCUGUCAUUACAGGCAGCCCCCCUGCUGGCAAUGCAGGAGGCAGCCUACCCGGCCAUGUGAUUGUGGGGUCCUCGCUAGGACCCCACUCUCACAUGGCCGGGGAGCACCGGAGGAGAAGGAUCUGCCGCGGGGGGGCUCCCUGGGAGUCCCCCCCCCCACCGCGAUCGCCGGCGUGGGACCGCCGGCGACCGGGUAAGUGAACAAAAACCGGAGGGCGUACAAUUGCGCCCGGCGGCGUUUAGAGCCGCCUAAAAUAGGGCGUAAUUGUACGUCCUCCGGUCAGAAGGGGUUAAAAACUAUAAAUCCUACAGCAAAGCGCUUUAUAUUGUGAGAAUCACAAGACCCAGACCUACAUUUUGAUGCAUAGUAUGUCUCUGAAGUAUUAAAAAUGAAGGCACAGUUGCAGUUUAGAAAUUGCACUUCAAAUUUGAGCUUUGUAGAGUGAAGUUUCAAUGAAUGUCAAUGGGCGGCGUUAGUUGCAAACAAAUUGUUAUAUUGUGAAAACUAUCAGGACUAUGGCUUAGCCGUUGACAUGUUUAGUGGCAGCAGGGAUAGCUGAACGUUUUGAUAUAAGAUUUGUGUAGGUGGGCCUGAAAAUAAGGGAGUGGUGGCAGUUUAGAAAUCAUGUCCUGAUUUUUCAGCUUUUGCCAGCUCCCACUCUAGCUUUGCAAUUCAUUCCUAUGGGACAAAUUUCGCCACAAGAACGACGAUAUUCCGUGAACCAUUCGGCAAAACGUUCCACAAAGUAAUAGCAAUCCGAUCGGGAACAAUCUGCACGUUUUGGUAAAUUUUUGUCUGUGUAGUGUAAAAACUGUGGGAGGAGUUAGGGUGGCAAAUUUUGCUAUAAUAAUAAUAAUAAUAAUAUAUAUGUGAGAUAACAUUAAGUGGUCUUGCUAUGCAAGAACACUUAACUAGAAAAGUACAAUUUCUGGGGAAAUUGUGUGAAGUGUUCUUGCCUCCACCUGUAGUCUACAACUGGAGUGGGCGGAGUAACUGUUAUCAUUUACAUAGCACAUUUAAUUGCAACGUUGUUGCACAGUUACAUUAAACCAUACAUUUAUAAAAACAUUAGCAGGUGUUCAAAAGGCCCUGUCUAUGACAUCACUUGCUGCUGCAGCCUGACACAGGUCAGAGUAUUUUGGCGGUUGCCAUCUUCAAACGGUCGUAUUUUAAAAACUGAGCGUUCCACAAAGUAAUAACAAUCCGAUCGGGAACAAUCUGCACGUUUUGGUAAAUUUUUGUCUAUGUAGUGUAAAAACUGUGGGAGGAGUUAGGGUGGCAAAUUUUGCUAUAAUAAGAAUAAUAAUAACUAGAAAAGUUACAAUUUCUGGGAAAUUGUGUGAAGUGUUCUUGCCUCCACCUGUAGUCUACAACUGGAGUGGGCGGAGUAACUGUUAUCAUUUACAUAGCACAUUUAAUUGCAACGUUGUUACACAGUUACAUUAAACCAUACAUUUAUAAAAACAUUAGCAGGUGUUCAAAAGGCCCUGUCUAUGACAUCACUUGCUGCUGCAGCCUGACACAGGUCAGAGUAUUUUGGCGGUUGCCAUCUUCAAACGGUCGUAUUUUAAAAACUAUAAAUCCUACAACGAAGAGCUUUAUAUUGUGAGAAUCACAAGACCCAGACCUACAUUUUGAUGCAUAGUAUGUCUCUGAAGUAUUAAAAAUGAAGGCACAGUUGCAGUUUAGAAAUUGCACUUCAAAUUUGAGCUUUGUAGAGUGAAGUUUCAAUGAAUGUCAAUGGACGGCGUUAGUUGCAAACAAAUGAUUAUAUCUUGAAAACUAUCAGGACUAUGGCUUAGCCGUUGACAUGUUUAGUGGCAGCAGGGAUAGCUGAACGUUUUGAUAUAAGAUUUGUGUAGGUGGGCCUGAAAAUAAGGGAGUGGUGGCAGUUUAGAAAUCAUGUCCUGAUUUUUCAGCUUUUCCAGCUCCCACUCUAGCUUUGCCAUUCAUUCCUAUGGGGCAAAUUGCGCCACAAGAAUCUAUAGAUGGAUCCAAAGGCAAAUUGAAUUCGCCACAUACCACUAAAGUCCCCUUAAAUGUUUUCAUUCCUUUCAUUGUCUGGCUAAUAAAUUUAAUUUGCCAUUUAUUAGGAACAUACAUAUUCAAAAUUGUGAAUUGCUGAGAGUUUAUCAGAACUUCCCAAAGUAGAUACCGUCAUUCUCUAUCACUUAUGACAAUGUCUUGUUUUAUUAAAUAUUAUUGAAACCCCUCUCGACUUACCUUUCGAGUAAGUAGCACUAUAGGGAUUAGAAUAAUAUCUAUUACCAAAAAAGGGAAUUUUAUUGGUCUGCCAGUGAAUUUCUUGAAUACAUAUAACAUCUGGUUUACCCCUAAACAGAUUCUUGAAUGCUAUACUUCUUUUACCCAUUGUAUUUAAACCCUGGACAUUUUGGCUAAUAAUCCUAAGAGUCAUAGAGAGGUAAACCCUCCACGACUACAAGGGCCUUCUAACCCUCCUCCAUCCACACCAUCCCACCCCCCCCAUACCUUGGAACCUCCCAAAUAACAUAACCUAUACAUUCACACCCAUUCAUCCAAAAAAUAAAAAAUGGAUGUGAUACAAUCCCCUUUUGUGAUGAUCUACUUACCUAGAGAAAUCCCACCUCUCACUCUACCUCCUUGAGAAGUGGCAGAUAAAUCUAAGUUUCGUCGAACUACCUGAGUUCGAGACCUUGGCGAAGGUCUCUAAUCAGAUUUGCCUAUCAUCUUUAUAGUCCUCAUCAGCAGCAGCCUUAAGAUCAGCCCUUCUUAUCAAUAUAAGUAAAAUUAAUCUACGGAACUAAUAGAGCCAACACUACAGAGGGACCCAAAAGGCCAAGACCGAACCUGACAAGCAAGAGGAAGAAGGGGAAGUAAGAGAGAAAAAUGUCCCUUUAUACAAAACCCAAAGGGUAAAAACCCCUCCCUGUCAUAUUCUACCCUCUGAGCACCCCUUCUUUUUACCUCUAUACGUGAGGAAGGCCAUAUAAACACUUUUGUAAACAGUAUCACUACGUUAACCAAAAAGCUCAUUCGGGUAGUCAGGGGGGGAUAAAACAAAGAUUGGCUAUCAUUCCUGGGAGUUACCCACUGUGAUCAACAAACCGGUGAAAGUGCCAUAAUAUACAAAUACAAUUCCAAAUAUUUUCGAUACCAACAUAUCUUCUAUAAAAACUCCUUCUAAUUUGUGGUAGGCAUUUAAUAAAUAUGCCUUCUCAUAUUAUAUAAUUAUCCAGUGCAAAAGAGUAAAUAAUAUUCGCUCUGAUAUAAUAUGUGCCUUUACAUUUAGACCCAUAAGGGCCCUUUUGGGGCCAUUCUAUAGAACCUUAAUUUAAAUUUAGUGGGAACUUUAAUGUGAAUUUACAUGUCUACCAAUACUAAAUUUGCAUUCCAAUAGUUUAAUUCUGUCCAAAAGCCAAACCUCUUAAAUCCUAUAUCACUUAUCCCAGUGAGGCUAACUCAUUGUUUACUAUUUUCAAAUAAAUUGUGAACCAUUCAAUUAUCUCUAAUCUUAAAAGUGAUCUAAAAAUUUUUUUUGCCCAUAAACAUCCUUUAACACCCAGAAUGCAGAGCUCUAUACACAGUGCCAAAUGCUAAUUCUAUCCCCUCUCCCAAUUAUCUCAAUGAGACCAUAUCUUAAGCAGUCCCCAACGAGACUAUAUCUUUGAGAAGUUUUUCCCCCUCUUGUGGAGAGUUAAUUACUUCAAACUCUGUACCAGUUUUAAUGAUUAAUCUGGUUGGAAAGCCCCAUUUAUAAGAGACAUUCUUAUCUCUUAAGACUUUUGUUAUCAUUCUAAAUUCUUUACGUUCCAUCAUCACUUCUCCUGAUAUAUCCAGAAAAUGUUUUAAUUGUUCAUAAGGAGCAUCAAAAAUUUUACAUUCGAAAGGCUUUCUGUAAUAUUUUUUGUUUCACAGUAUAGAGGUGUAAUUUACCGAUCACAUCUCGCGGUAAAUCCCUUGAAAUGUUACGUGAUAGGGGGAGUCUAUAAACUCUAUCUAGCAUCUGGGUCCUCUCCAAAUCUAAGUUAACAAAAAAGUUCAAAAAUGUUAUCACAUAGCUUAGGAAAUCGGUCUGCCCCACCCUUUCAGGUAUCCCUCUUAUGCAAAUAUUAUUUUGUCUAGAGAGGCUCUCCAAUCUGCUAUAUUUCUGUUUCAAACCCGAAAGCUCCUCUCUUAAUUUCUGUAUUUCCAAAUUAGAAUGAUUUUGUGAUUCUAUCAAGUGUGCUUGUUGAAUGCCCACAUCUAUUACUUUCUUUGAGAGGGCAUUUAUAUCUUUUGAGUUUUUAGCAAUCUCCCUAGUAAUUUCCUGCACCAUAGAGCUCUUUAGGUCUUUCAAUAGAUCUAUCAUUACUACUUUUAUGGUAGCUAUCAUGAGCUGUACUUCUCUAUGACUAUCUACCUCUACUGGCUCAUCUACUAAGGAUGACUCGGCUGAUGUCAGUAAAUUAUCUGAAUGUUCUAGUUCUUUUUUCAUCCCUGAUGUAAAUGCUGACUCCUCAGAAUUUUGACGUUUAUUGAUUGGGCUAAAGAAGUUACUUGUCGGGUUUCCAUUAUCUUUCUCCUUUUCUUUGCCUUUACCUUUACCCUUUGUGCUUAGGUUUUGCUUGUUUUUCAUUUGGUCCUCUCUUUCGAAAGUGACAGUUUAGAGCACAAUAUUGACUAUAAACCACACAAGCAGACCAAAGAUUCUGAUUGUGAAAACCGAUAACCUAAAUCACCUCAGAAGACGAAAUAAAACAGGGGAAAAAAAGGAAAAAACUCAAAAACAAUUAAAUUAUGGUUCGGCCACUUUCUGCUAGAACGACUGCCAGAACUACUGACUUAUUAUAUAUACAAUAGUCCUGGACAACAUUAAAUCUAUGUAGCUUGAAUCGUUCCUUUCGGAUCUCCAAUUUAUAUCGAUAUCCUAUAAACCUGUAAUUUGAUGAGGCUGAGAUUGUCCUUUCAGACACACCUGAAAAAUCAAAUAGACCAAUUGGUCCAGAGAAAAUGUCCCUUUUAUAUCUCAGCUUCCCAACGAAAAUGAAGCGAAAUCAAAUUUAACAUAACAAUUAACUACUUUUAUAUCCACUUGAUGUCUGUGUUUCAAAGUCAACAGCAAUUUAAUGCGGACUAGGGUAGCGCAGCUUUAUCCUUUUCUGCUGUUGCUCCACAGUCACUUAAAGGUCUAUUAAUACUAGUAAAAAAAUAAAAUAAAAAAACGCCUCCUUAUGGCCGUAAUAUUGAGAGGUCACUUUUAAUCCGUUUCUUCAACCUAGAAUCAGGCAAAAAAUAUGUAACGGUGAUGUCUAACUCAGCAAGCUUCUUCAGCAGACUUUUAUUUUUAAACGGCACCGGAGGCUGAUGACAAUUUACUCCUCAAGGGAGAGUAAUUAAUAGCAGGAAACCAGGGCAUAUGCGUUUGGGGAUACGUUGGGCAGAAUUAAAUUUGGGUAGAAAUCUAACCCCCCCCUUCUUCACCUUCUUUACACUUUCUCCUUUCUUUCUUCUCCCCUCCCGGCUCCUGACUUUACUUUAUCUUUACCUGUUAUCUCUCACAGUUUUUUUUUUUUUCCCCCAUCAAAAUUGCUUUACAUAAUACUUCCUCCUCCUUCCCCCUUCCUCUGUCCUUUACCUUUAACAGCUUUUAAUCCUUCGUCACUUCCGGCCUUAUAGCUCUGUUCAACUUGUUUGUAUUGAUGGAGGAAGAUAGCUCACAUGGGACAACACAGAGCUUACUUUUUAAAUAGUCCAGUGCUUCCCAGAGUCACCUCAUACAAACAGCUGAUCCUUCGAAGCCCUCUAUGGAUCCUUAUCACGGCACCACACACUGUAAGGGACUUCAUCCACUGCGUUCACCUCCUCAAUAGAGCUAGGCUGAAGGAGCACGUCCUGUGUCCUGCAUACUCCGGUUGCAAUCCGGCUGCAUUCUCUGACAUUUUAGACACUUAGGCUGCUCGUCUGACCGCCAACCUCUGCCAUUUCCCGCCAGCGUCACGCGCUAGCUACCUCCUGGGUGUGGCCACACCCUCCGAACAAAUGUUGUUGUUCUUGUCACGCUUUAACUUUAUAAUCACAUACAUACCAGGUCCUAAGAACAUUAAGGCUGACAUCCUAUCUAGGCAAUUUGACCUAGAGGCAGAACAAGAACAAGAGACCUUUCCCAUUAUACCACCUGACUGUAUCAUUGCCUCCACAGUUCUUUCCUUGUCUUCUCUGCUUGUUUGUGCUAUAAUGGCAGCCCAGACUCAGGCACAUAGUGAUAAACCUCUAGAUAGGUUUAUUCCGUUACUGGAAAGAAGGAGGUACUAAGAGUGUUCCACGACAAUGUGACAGCUGGACAUCCAGGCAUUAAUAAAAUGGUGUCCGUUGUCUCUAGAUCCUUUUGGUGGCCAUCUCUUAGAAAGGACAUCAGAGAGUAUGUGGAGCCAUGUACUAUUUGUGCGGGUUUCUAAGGUUCCCCAUAAACUACCUUGUGGGUUAUUGCAACCGCUUCCUAUACCCAGUGUUCAAUGGUCUCAUUUGUCUAUGGACUUUAUUGUUGAACUCUCGAUUUCUAAAGACUAUAACACCAUCCUAAUGGUUGUUGACCGCUUUUCUAAAAUGGCACACUUUGUUCCGCUCAAAAAGAUGCCUUCUUCCCAAGAGCUGGCUCAUAUAUUUAUACGCGAAAUAGUCAGAUUACAUGGUAUUCCGCCUAAUACUGUGUCAGACAGGGGUUCCCAAUUUGUAUCACGAUUUUGGAGAGCAUUUAAUAAACAGUUGGGUAUAGAAUUAGCAUUUUCAUCAUCAUACCAUCCUCAAACCAAUGGCAUUCAAGAAAACUGGUCUGAUUUACUACCAUGGGCCGAAUUCGCCCUACUGUCCUCCCUGCGGUAUUCUCUGACACUGCUAUUCUCAUUCUGGAUGACCAUCUCACAUGUAUACAUGAGACUUUGACUAAGGUCCACACGGCUUUGGAAAAUGCAUGCUGAUAAGAGGCGUGUUGCCAACCCUGGUUACCAGGUGGAUGGCAGGAUAUGGCCCUCCACACGCAAUAUUAAACUCAAGGUUCCUAGCAUGAAGUUUGCACCUAAGUUUAUUGGCCCCUUUCGAAUAAUUUGCAUUCCAAAUAGGACAUGCGUGCAUAAUGACCAGCUGUUAAAAUUCCAAGUUGGAAAACUGAAAUGCGCACCCUCCAAAUAAGGUCUUUUAGCCCCAGAGAACCCAACACACCUAUACAUGGGUGGUAUCGCUGUACUCAGGAGAUGUUGCUGAACACUUAUUGGGGUGUUCUUUGGCAGUAACCCUUAAGUACAUGUAUUCUUUUUUGAAAUUCUUUAUUUUGGUUGUGCAUACUGUAACACAUAGGGUCGCACUGCCACAACAGCGUGUGCAACUGAGCAUUAGACAUUCAAUAACAUUUGCAUGGCCUGUCAUAUCUUGCACAUUUUGGUCGCGGUAAACAGGAUCGUCUCAAUAGCUUGGAGUACGUGCCUGGUGUUUUGUAGGAGCUUAUCAUCGCUGUUGUGCACCUGGCUAGGUAAGACUUGGGUGUACCAUUCAGUAUGCUUGGUGUGUGUGCGGGUACGCCCGUAUCUUGAUCAUUAGGUGUGCCUAGUAUAUCCCAGGUAGUACAUUAGUGUGUUGCGCUCAAGUGACAUGCUCCCUAUAGUGGGAGGUCAUGUCGCGCUAUGCUUAAUAUUACGCAUGGCUCUGUCAGGUUAGGUUGCGUGUUCCCUGCUAAGAUACUGUCAGGUGGGGGGUAGUGAUACAUGGCCCGCGGGCCAGUUAGUCGGAUGAAUUGCGAGUAGGGUAGGUCGUCAUGGUAACAUCAAAACAGUAAUGGGUUAACGUUUAAAACUGAUAACUUAUAAUAACUUGUGAACUAGCAGAGUGUCCUUAAGGUGGCAGCUCCCGCCUGCCCGUUUCAGGUUGUUGCCGCUUCCAGUUGUUCCAGGGUCGGUCCUCUUGGGACGAAGGGGGUCACCCGAUCAGGGUUCCAUUUGUGCGUCGAGGUGGUAGCGCUUUGAGUCGCAGCGGGGUGUAGAGAGUCUUUUGGCAGGCCCAGGAUGUGUAGCAGCACCGCUGUUUCUGUGAGGGUGCUUACUGUGUGCUUGGUUUCUCCCUUCUGGAGCCAUAGAGCUUGGGUCAUCAACCACUUGUAUGGUAUGUUGUUCUGCCUUAGCAGCGUGGUGAAGGGCUUGAGGGAUCUUCUCCAAGCAAGUGUGCUCCCAGUGAGGUCUGUGUAGAAUGAUAAAUCCAUCAUUUCGAACUGGUAAGGUGAGUUUUCCCUGGUCGAAACCACAACCGCCAUCUUGUCUUUGUGGCGCUGAAAUCGUAUGAUAAGAUCUCGGGGUGUCUCAGUGGGUGCCUUAGCUGGUCUUGGGGCACGGAAAAAAAUGUCCAACUGCACUGUCUUGGCUUAUCAUGGCGGUAGCAGGGCCAUCAGCAGGCGCCUCAAUAUGUGUGGCAUUUCCUCCUCAGGAGUGUCCUCCGGGAUGCCUCGGAUUUUUAAGUUAUUGGCCCGCCCUGCGUCCUCGAGUGCCGUGAACCGGCGCUCGUGCCCUUCGUUUUGGCUUUUAAGGUCUUGUACCUCCAGUUGCAGAGCCGCUAUUUGGAAAGUGUGGCCAGUGGAUUCUGUCUCAGUCGGGUACCGAUUCUCCCUGUUAAGCCGUGGAUGUCGGCCCGGAGGGAUGCCACGUCCGAGUGAAGGGUUCGUUGGAGAUCGGCAACCAGUGAUUUCAAAACUGCCGUCGUCACUGGCAAGGUGUUGCCCUCCGGAUCGCUGUCCCCGGCGCUGGCUCCAGGGGGAGAUCUACAGCCUCUUCUCCCGAUGAGAAGUCAUCGGAGAGUUCAGAGAAGGUCUCCACGUAAGCUGCCAUUUUAGGCCUGGACGCCCCCUGUGUUUGGCGUAGGAGUUCCGCUAUGUUUGGGCCCUGUCUUGGGUUAUCCGGCUUGGGCUUCUUUGAUUUUAAAACAAUAUAUACAUGUGACUGGUUAUUCAGGGAUUCCUGACAGAUAUCAGUGUUACAAUGUAACUUUCGUUAAUUUUGAAGGAGAAAAAAAAUUAGGACCAUGUGGGAAGAGCACCAUCAAUAUGGCACCUCUUUAGUGCGUAGCUGUUGGAGCAGUGGACGCAGGGACCGGCGCCACAGGAGAAUAGAAGUAGUGAGGUGCCCUCAAAGGUAAUUGGGUGUCUUUCCUCUCACCGCGGCUUGUAGGAGGGCCUUGUCCUGUAAGGAACUGAAUCGGAGGAUGAGGUUCGUAAUGGUGGAGGGCGAUGCCCCGGGAGGCUUAGUGAGACGGAACAUACCGUCUAGCUUCAUGGUCUUGGCGUGUUUCUGUAGUAGGUGGGCCGCAAAGAACCGUCUGAUAAAGUGAGGAAAGUCUGGCAGUCACACUGUUUCCGGCACCCCCCUGAGUUUCAAAUUAUAUCUUUGCUUCUGAUCUUCCAGGACAUCAAUCCUGCGGUCAAUCUUUAGUUGGUGCUGAUCAAGGGAAGCCAGGACUUUCUCCACCACCAAGCCGGCUGUCAUGAGCGCUCUGGGUGGUUUCGAGUUGGGCCAUUUUAACGGUCGUACUUUCAACGGCCUUUUUGAAGGGGGCUAAAUCUCCCGCUAUGUUCGCACAUAGGUCAGCCAACAUCGCUUUAAGUUGGGCCCGCCGCCGCCUCCAGUGGGGCAUGACCCUGCUUCAUGGUGAGCGCGGCUCUUUCCAUCUGGGCAAUAGCCAUGUCAUCUGAGGAGUAUGAAGAGCCCUCGUUCGCAAGCCCCAUAUUGUUCCGUUUGGCCCUCUGUGAGCUGCGGAAUAGGUUGCCAAUAUUUUGGCUCAGUGGGCUCUUGUCUGGCUUGGGUUUUUAGUUUUCACGGACCAUAUUUGAUCCUGCAGUCAGGGGGCUGUUUUCAGCUAGUUUAUAUGGCCGCUUUCUCCCCAAGUUUAUUGGGUAGCGUUGUACGGAGCACAGAGAACAUGCAACCGCCCAGGUUCACUGCUAGGCUCCGCCCCAUAAAAGCAGAUUUUAAGAAGAAGAAAAAUACUAUUUUAUAAAGCAAAUGGGCAGAAGGAUUUCCUGCCUCAUUCACUUUGAACUAUAGUUCAAAGUGGUUUCUCUGUAAGAAACAUUGUUGGAUUUUUCCCAGUACUUCAAUGAGAAGUGUUUUGGAUACAGGUUAAAAGUAAUGAUGAUUACUCACUAAUAGGAGGUGGAUCCAUCACUGGAAUAAAAGUGAGUUUAAUUGAUUUAAACCCUUUAUGUGCUGAAAUGGGGGUUGGCAUUUAAAAAUAUAAAGCAUUUAAGGAAAGCUCUGACCUUCUUUGUUUUUUUGGCGUGUCUAGCUCACUAUUCACCACCAUCCAGCAUCCAGUCAUGGAUCCUCUUGUGCAGUCCUGAGGUUCUACAUAGGUUUAAUUAAACCACUGGAGGCCCUCCAAAGGCAUUUGUGAUCCCUGUAGUUCAUGCAUGCACAUUAAACAAGCUGUCAGCUAAGGUGGGGGCCCCGUAAAAAAAAUUACAAGUUGAACAGGUCAGAGAGUUCCUCAGAUCAGAAUGCUGUGUGUUUCCACAAGCAGGUGAACGCACCCAAGCAAAUGCGCAUGCAUGCACGGAGGAUAGGUUAAGAGGCUUUUCAUUGAGAAGUAUGACUAGAAGUAUCUUCGGGGAAAAAGGUGAGGGCUUGCAAAGGCUGUAGUUCAUAAGAAAUGCAGCUUUUGCUUGCUCUUAUAUACCCCCAAAGAAUACAUGCAUACAAAACGCAUGCAUAUUUUUGUUCUUUGGGGUAUAUCUACCAAACAGUUAUUUUUAGUAUCUUUAUAAUUUUACCUAUGGGGUGAUCAUUAAACUACCUAGCUUGAGCACUCUUUCUGGUUUUUGUCAAACUUACUCUUAACUUAUUUUUACAAAAACAGCCCUCCCUUGUGUUUGGGACAUUUUGUUUGAGUAAUUUUUCCCUUCCUUGGAGUGUUCCUUUGAAAGCAGCAUUCAUUUUCAAGUGGUUUCAUAAAAAUAGAGGAUUGAUUGGAAUUCUUAGACCUUCCUUCAUGAUGUUAUAUUCUGCAAGGAAUCCAUGCAAAAUAUGUUAAGCAGGAUUCGAUGGUGCAGAAUCGGAGUUGACUCUUUCAGUGGAACUGAAUUAACACAAGCGUCCUGUGACACAAAGUCUAUACUAUAGCGUGUAGUGGGUAUGGUAUUUAGAGUGUCUUUUUAAAUAUGCCCCUAAGUUUACUAAAGUGAGAAUACUUGGGAAUUUCAAGUAGCCAAACUGGAAGUAUAGUUGACUUUGAAAUGCACUUUGGAUCAAUCUUCCUUACUCUGAGAUUCUCUAACAGAGGCCUGAGAGCUUGCGCAGUAUUUUAGCUUUUCUUAUGGAUAAAGACCUUGGAUAACCCCAGAUUAGGAGCCAUGGCUCUGAGUGUUAUUGUUACCCUUGGGACUACUACUGCCUUCACUUUCCACAUCCUUUCUAGCGCCUUUAUCAUCCCUUUUUAUUUUUGUUCUCCUUCAGAUGUUCUUUCUUCAUGUUUUGUCACUACGUAUUGCCACAUGUAGCACCACUUAAACAAUUGGAGGUCAUUUAGUUACUCCAAUGGCCAUUGGAAGGAAUGCCCGCCUGCCAACGUCAAGGCAGACCCCCCUAGGCGGGUCCUACACUGACCUUUCACCUUGCUUCCUUGAGCUUCUGGCAAAGAUAUCUCUAAUGAGACAGAGAGGGGUAUUUUUUAUAUACGCCCCUAUAUACUUAUUAACCCUUAAUAGGGAACACAUGGGAUGGGCGGCAGCAUUGUAACCUACCUCUGUGAUACAAAAAGUGAAUACAAAAAUAUAAGUCCUGUGCUCACUCCCAUCACUCCUGGGCGGCAGCAACGACCACAGUACACAACAGCUCCAUAGGGAUCUAGGAGAGAGCGCAGGUAACUUUUUUUUCUUUUGUUUUUACUGUAUGUAUUGGAGCUGAUGUGUACAGUGGUUGUUGUUGCCGCCCAGGAGUGAUGGGAGUGAGCCCAGGACUUAUCUUUAUGUAUUUGUAUUCACUUUUUGUAUCACACAGCUUUGUUACAAUGCUGCCGCCCAUCCCAUGUGUUUCCUGUUAAGGGUUAAUAAGUAUAUAGGGGUGUAUAUAAAAAAUACCCCUCUCUGUCUCAUUAGAGAUAUCUUUGCCAGAAGUUCAAGGAAGCAAGGUGAAAGGUCCGUGUAGGACCCGCCUGGGGGGGUCGCCUUGACGUUGGCGUUCUGGCAUUCCUUCACAUGUAGCACCACACCUUAUCUACCACCACAAUGUCUGAUUAGGUCCUGUCUAGUGUGAUAGAGCUCUGCUUCUAUUGCCUUUUUGCAACUGUUCUGCGAGAAUAAAUGUCUCCAUAUAGUCUUUUGAUUUAGAAAGGAUUGUAUGGAUAUGACUGCUGUAUAGGGGCCUUUUUCUACUCUAUUGGGAUGACCGUGCCAGGCAGCUGGUUUCAAUUGGGAUACAUUCUAGUUGAAUGAACUGUAAGCAAACUUAUGUUUGAAGAACUGAAUUUGUUGAAAUGCAUAGGGAGAGAGCUAGCUGCUAUGUGGAAAUGACCCCUUAUUAUACUUACAGGCCUUGUGUAUGUGCUGUGAUGUCAUUAGACAUCUGGCAUCACAUUUAAUUUGAUUGUGGCACUUCCUUCUUCAACUAUACAUUUGCUAACAAUUUUGUUGAAACAAAAUUUGGAACUCGGCUGCAUGGGAGAAUUUUCCAAUUUUGAUAUUUUGGUCAGUUCUUGGUUUAGUGAAUAAAUACCUUAAAUUUGAAAAACUCAAUUGUAUAGAAAGUUACACUCAAACUAUUGGUUCCUAAUGCCCACUUGAGGUAGAUAUUUGACUACCUCCCCACAAUAUUACAUUUAUUGUCCACCUGUAAACUUAAAGGACAACUGUCUCCUCCAGAUAACGUUUUAUUCAUCAAGCUUUUAAAGGAAGUCAACUUUUUAAUUUUGUAAAUGUAAAAAAAAAAAAAGAGAGAGAGAGGAAAAAUCAACACAUGCCUACCUUAUAGUAGUAUAUGACAGGAUCCCUUCAGUCAGAUACAUGCAUCUUGGGUCAGACAGUGUUUGAAAAUUGACAUUCUCCAUGAUCUUUAAACAUCGUCUGACCUAAAGUUCAUGUAUAUGGUUGGAGGAUCCUGUAAUAUACUAAAGAUAGCGAUGUGUAUUCUCAACGCCAGUUCAGAAAGAGCCCAACCUCGACCCCAACUCCCCAUCCAACUACCGCCCUGUAUCGCUACUGCCAAUUGCCUCCAAGAUCGUUGAGAAAUUUGUGAAUGCGAGAUUGACAGACUUCCUCGAAUCCAUCUUUCUGCUUGACCCGCUUCAGUCUGGAUUCCGUGCUCGUCACUCUGUUGAAACAGCUGUGACCAAAGUAUCCAACGAUUUAAUUGCUGCUAAAUCACGUGGCCAUUACUCUAUCCUAUUUCUCCUUGAUCUUUCUGCUGCCUUUGACACUGUUGAUCAUCAACAGCUUCUUCUCAAUCUCCAUUAUCUUGGUCUACGAGAUACUGCUCUCUCCUGGUGCUCCUCCUACCACUCCCAGCGCUUUUUCAGUGUUUCUUUCUCUGGCUCUACCUCUUCUCCCCAACCCCUUUCUGUUACUGUCCCCCAAGGUUCAGUCCAUAGUCCCCUAUUGUUAUUCAUCUAUACUGCCUCCCUUGGUAAACUCAUGAGCUCCUUUGGCUUCCAUUAUCAUUUAUAUGCGGAUGACACGCAAAUCUACCUGUCCACUCCUGAUCUUUCUCUGCGCAUCUUGACCUGUGUCUUUGACUGCCUCUCCGCGAUUUGCAAUUGGAUGGCUGCUCAAUUCCUUAAACUCAACUUGUCCAAAACAGAACUUGUUGUCUUUCCUCCCUCAUGUGUUGCUACUCCCGUGUCUGUCUCUAUCCAAGUCAACUGUGCCACGAUCACCUUUAUCUCGCAGGCUCGCUGCCUAGGUGUCCCCUUUACUCUGACUUCUACUCCACCCCUCAUGUCCAGUCGAUCACCAAAUCCUGCCGCUUCCAUCUCAAAACCAUAGCUUGCAUCCACCCCUAUUUAACACCAGACGCGGCUAAGGUGCUGGUCCAUGCCGUUGUUCUUUCUCAUCUUGACUACUGCAAUCCCCUUCUCAGUGGUCUUACAUGUUCCCAGAUUGCACCGCUGCAAUCUAUUAUGAACGUGGCACCAAGGCACAUUUUUCUGUCCUCCCACGCCUCCCCCCUUUCAGUCCUUACAUUGGCUUCCAGUUAGAUAUAAGGCUCAAUUUAAGAUUCUGGUGCUUGCUUACAAGUCCCUACAUAAUGCUGCUCCAACCUACCUAUCCUAAUUCACAAGUAUGUCCCGCUGAGGCCCCUGCGCUCUGCUGAUGACCUCCAUCUAUCCUCUGUCCGUACUCCCACAUCUGAUGCUCGUCUCCAAGACUUCUCCAGGACUGCACAUUUUCUGUGGAAUUCUCUUCCCUUCUCUGUUAGACUUUCACCCUGUCUCCACUCCUUCAAAAAAUCUUUGAAAACACACUUCUUCAGGAAAGCAUAUCAUUUAAACUGUUAGCAGAUUUUCAUUCCCCCCUACCCCCAUGACUCCUCUCCUGCAACUGUCAAAAAUAACCUUUUAAGUUCCCAGUGAAUACUUUCUAUCAACCUCUUUCAAUACCCCUACUUAUACCCUUUGUGUCACUAUACCCCACUCCCUCUAGAACGUAAGCUCAUUGAGCAGGGGCCUCAACCGCUCUGUUCCUGUGCGUCCAUUUGUCUGGUUACAAUUACGUGUCUGUUAGUCCACCCAUUGUACAGUGGUACAGAAUUUGCUGGUGCUAUAUAAAAAAUAAUAAAAUAAUCUGUUUGCAUAUACUUCAUUAAAAAAAAAAAAAAAAAAAUCCUUCCAAAACUUGGUGAAAAGAUUAUUAUAUUAAAAAAAUAGUUUUGAGGUGACAGUUGUCCUAUAAGUCUCCUACGUUACCAAGUUGUGAUAUUUGCUGUAAAUGCUUUGUUCUGUUAACCCUUUAAUUAUUGAACUCUAAGCCAAAAAAGAGAUCAGCUUGUAUCCUACAUAACAUUUCAAUAUACCCCUAUAAAGUGCCGUGCAGAUUUGGUGUAUAGAUGUCAAUGUGUAAAUGCAUACUUAAUAUUUUUACAGUGGCAUAUGGAAAUAAAAACUUAUGAACAAAAUUUAUGCCAUUCUACUUUUCCUUUACUUUCAUUAAUUGACACACAAACCAGAAGUAUCCCACCUUGAAGGGCACACCUUUCUGUUCUUAUGACUGUAGCACAAACUUGCUUUUUUUAACUGGCUGUUUAGACCCUUCUUCUUUUUGCAGAAAUAACAUGACUUAACAAGUCUAUUUAUUUCUAUUAACAUGGAACAAGACUGCAAUCUGUGUGUAUAUUUAGCAGCCUGUCUGCCUUGUCAUACAUCUUUAUAGAGUAUUGAAGACACCACUCAGUCCAUAAUGUUGACUACGGAUGAUGCAUAAAUGUCUGAGAAGCUGAGAUUCAGUUUAAUAAAGACCUGAAUAUAAUUUCCAUUACUGCAUAUUUUUCCAGCUGCAUCCAAGUAUGACCCUCCCAAAGCAUAAGCACAGCUUGUCCUUAUAACCUCAAGCACAAGCAUCAACAAAGGAGCAAGCGUCUAUUUUUUACUUUUUGUAAGGCAUAAAAUAAGCAAGUGUGUGUGUGUGUGUGUAUAUAUAUAUAUAUAUAGAUGGUGUGUGUGUGUAUAUGAAAAAGAAAACCCUUAAAGGAACAAAUUGUAUACAAGUAUAUUACAGGAGUGUGGAUUUUUUUUUUUUUUUUUAAAGUAACACUAAAGGCACCUAGACUACUUAAAAGGAUACAGUAGUGCCAGGAAUACAAAGCUGUAUCCCUGACACUACCGAUCCCUCCCUCUCACCCCUCCUACAUGGGAAAUAAAAAAAAUCUGACUCUGAAGAUCCUCAUGCAGAGCGUGAGGACGUCCAGCGUCAGAUAACAGACCAAAAGUUAGUUUAGAUUCUGGAAGCCCUCUAGUGCCUAAAGGCAAAAAAACCCUACCUACCCAUUGCACAAAACUGCCUGUUCUGGGCAUCAUGAGAUAGGAAUUGCUUUUAAUAUUACAAAAUCAUUCCUUCCAUCAGUAAGAAGUAAAACUUACUUUGGAGGAUAAUUUCAUUUGGUAAAUACACAUAUCCUCCCUUUUCUCUGAAUUUCCAAACUUGUUUCUGAUCAUGUCACCAGUAAUGUCUCUAUAAACAUGGAUAUAAUUGCCCCUCUUUCAUAAACACAUUGCUUCACUGAUUUAUGUUGGUCUCACUUCUAGUCACCCUGAAUCCUACUCCUGUGAUGUGCACAUUCACGAUUAUCUGUCAUCAUUUCCUUUAUUCACAUACAGCUUUUGUAUCUCAGUUUGCAAAUAGACCCCCAUCUGCCAACUGUUUCAAAUUAACUACUUUAUGAAUUCUGCUGGGUGCACAGAUUACACUCCCUCCUCUGUGUUAACACAUUGAGAUUGUCAACCAUGCAUUCACUCACCAGACUUCCGUUUAACCCUUUAUGUGAACUUACCUAAAAGGAAAACAGGCAAAAGGGAAACUGUAAUGUUUUCUGAUGGUGCCUAUUUCCACACUCCAUUACCAGCUAUGUGUUAUGCGGCACAUAUUGCUCCAAAAUGUAGUUACAUCAGAUAUUUUAUAGCUGCCAAGUAAUUUCUUAGCCCUUUGAGUAGGCACUGCCCUGGAAGGACUAACAGAUACUUCUAAGGAAUGUAUGGAAUUAAUGUGCUCCUAGAGAGAAAUCAGUUAAUGUAUUAGGCUUGUACCUUGGAUCCCACCGUUGAUUAUUUAAAUUCAAAUCAGGCACUAUCGAUUUCAAAGUACUGCUUGGCAACACUUUCAAACCCUGUGUGAGAGUUUACAGAAUUUAUAAGCAUCCUGCACAAGUUGAAAAAUGUAGAAACCCUCUGUGACAAACUCCCCCUUUCCAGUGAGUUUGCCACGAGUUCCUGGAGGAGCUUGCUUGCCAGCCUCCUGCCUACAGACUAUGGACCCUGUGAAAUAUAAUGUAAAAGUCUCUGUUCGUGCAAUUGGGAUUUUAUGGUUCAGUUACCGAACAACCGCACGAACCAGAGACCACCCUGGAGCUUGUUAACACCUAUUAACAACUUUGAACGUUUCUCACCACUGUGUUCUAAUUGUUCGUCUGGGUGGCCGCAAUUCCUAUGGACAACCAGAAGGUAGCGGCCAUCUUGUUCGCAUGAACGCAGGCAUGAAUCUCAUGGAACUAAAAUCGGACACAGAAACUCCUGAACACCGCUGGACUUCCACCAUUGCCUGCAUUCCAUUCUAUACAACUUAGAAGGGCACUGUUCGGUGAAAUAAUUCUUCUGGAUGAGGGGAACAAGCUCCAGGGUAAGACUAUUGACUCUGUUCGGUAGUUUGUUCGUUCUCAAACUACCGAACCAGACCGACUGCAAGCCCUGAUUCUCUGGAACUGUUUUGAGCAUGGGACCAUGUCUGCGGUCAGUCAAAUAAAUGACUUCCAGGAAAUUCCUGAACCCCUGAACUGAUCUGGGUGAUUUUUGAAUAACCCUUGUGUCUGCUGUUCCAGCUUGCAGUGAAUUCAACAGGGAAAGUCUUUCUAAGGACUAGAGCUCCAGGGAAUGAGUGUCGUCCAGUGCCUGGGGGUGCCUAGAGCGAAUUCCCCAUUCGGCUCCAGGAAGGAGCGGUUCCAGGGCCCCAGUCAAGCAACGGCAACUGUGGGCAGAAGUGCUUCGGUUUGUACAUUGUUCCAGCUAGGAAGCAGUCCUUGGCGGAGGUACCCAGCCAGAGGUACAGGGAGCUCCGUUACACCCUCCCUACCUUAGUGUCCUGUGGCAGCAUGUUAGACUGUGAAUACUAAUGAAUUGUCAUUUCACACAGAGUGUUGGGGUAAAUGGGCAAACGCCAGCAUCUAUUUGUUUUUACUAUUCUAUAGCAUUUUGAUUCUUUAAAGGAUCACUAUAGGGUCAGGAACACAAACAUGUAUUCCUGACCCUAUAGUGUUAAAACCACCAUCUAGCCCCCCUGGACCUCUCAUGCCUCCAUAAAUAUAGCAACAUCUUACUGUAUUAAAACCUGAAGCUGUAGCUCUGCAUGCUGUUUGCCUCAAAAAAACAUAUCAGCAGAAGUGGUAGCCUGAUCCAAGCACAGUACUUCCCCAUAGGAUUGGCUGAGACUGACAAAGAGGCAGAUCAGGGGCAGAGCCAGCAUGAUUCAAACACCGCUCUGGCCAAUCAGCAUUUCCUCAUAGAGAUGAAUUGAAUCAAUGAAUCUCUAUGAGGAAAGUUCAGUGUCUGCAUGCAGAGGGAGGAGAUACUGAAUGUUUGGAUGCAUUUUAGGCAGCCAUGACCCAGGAAGGAUGUAUAACAGCCAUCUGAGCAGUGGCCAGUGAAGUUAUUACUAGGCUGUAAUGUAAACACUGCAUUUUCUCUGAAAAGACAGUGUUUACAGCAAAAAGCCUGAAGGUAAUGAUUCUACUCACCAGAACAAAUUAAAUAAGCUGUAGUUGUUCUGGUGACUAUAGUGUCCCUUUAAGCUUACAUAUGGUAAUAUUCUUAGUAGAAUGUCAUCAUCUAGAUUGAUUUCUCAACACCCGUCACAAUGUGGAUACAUUUAAACCUUCCAAUGACUUUCCGUGACAUCAUCACAUUCAGAUUCAUUAAAGACCAGAUUUCAAUGUGGAUUGAAACGUGGAUUCCUAUUGCAGCAGCUCUAAACUGUUUUUAAUUUUUUUUGAUGAUGUGAUCUUUGUAGGAUGAUGCUCUGAUAUAUGAAUGUUUCUAGAGGCACAGCAUUUGAAAUAUAGAAACUUAGAAUGUGACGGUAGAUAAGAACCAUUUGGCCCAUCUAGUCUGCCCAAUUUUCUAAAUACUUUAGUCCCUGGCCUUAUUCUAUAGUUAAGAUAGCCUUAUGCCUAUCCCACGCAUUCUUAAACUCAUUUACUGUGUUAACCUCUACCACUUCAGCUGGAAGGCUAUUCCAUGCAUCCACUACCCUCUCAGUAAAGUAAUAUUUCCUGAUAUUUUUUUCCUAACCUUUGCCCCUCUAAUUUAAGACUGUCCUCUUGUUGUGGUAGUUUUUCUUCUUUGAAAUAUAGUCUUUACUGUUACUGUGUUGAUUCCAUUUAUGUAUUUAAAUUUUUAUAUCAUAUCCCCCCGUCUCGUCUUUUCUCCAAGCUAUACAUGAUCGGAUCCUUUAACCUUUCCUGAUAAGUUUUAUCCUGCAUUCCAUGAACCAGUUUAGCAGCCCUUCUCUGAACUCUCCCUAAAGUAUCAAUAUCCUUCUGGAGAUACGGUCUCCAGUACUGCGUACAAUACUCCAAGUGAGGUCUCACCAGUGUUCUGUACAAUGGCAUGAGCACUUCCCUCUUUCUACUGCUAAUACCUCUCCCUAUACAACCAAGCAUUCUGCUAGCAUUUCCUGCUGCUCUAUUACAUUGUCUGCCUACCUUUAAGUCAUCAAAAAUAAUCACCCCUAAAUCCCUUUCCUCAGAUGUUGAGGUUAGGACUCUAUCAAAUAUUAUGUACUCUGCCCUUGGGUUUUUACAUCCACGAUGCAUUAUCUUGAACUUAUACACAUUAACACAAACUUGUUUUCCUGGCACUAUAGUUUUAAUAGGUCAGCCCCCUCCCGUCAAACUGAAGGGGGAGGAAGGGGUUAAACACUUACCUUUCUCCAGCGCCUGGUUUCCUCGGCGCUGGGGCUCUCCUCCUCUUUUCGACGUCAUCAGCUGAAUGCGCAUGUGCGGCAAGAGCCGCGCUUGCAUUCAGACAGUCCAUAGGAAAGCAUUUCUCAAUGCUUUCCUAUGGACCCUGGCAUCUUCGGAAGCGCCUUUAGUGGCUGUCAAUGAGACAGCCACUAGAGGCUGGAUUAACCCAUAUGUAAACAUAGCAGACUCAGUCACUGUUCUUCUAUUAAACCACACUGACUACUGAUCACUGGAUCCUAAACUUUCACCUGCAGUAAUAAGAUACCAAAUCUCCAUUUGUUAACACUAAAUCUAGUAUGGCUUCUUUACAAGUUGGCUCCUCAGUGACUAUAUAUAUCUAAGUGUGUAUGUGUGUGUAUAUAUAUAUAUAUCUCAAAAGACAGUUAGAAAAAAUUAUAUGUAUUAAGGCAAUUUGCCUGGAUUUGUGGGAGCUGCUUGGUAUCCACUCAGCCCAGGCAGUCACCCUCAGAAGAAGACUGAUCAACAGCGGAAAGUACAUGGGAAGGAAGAGGGAGGGAGGGUAGAGGGUUAAUUUUUUAAUACAAUUUUUUUUUUAAUUAUUUUAUUUAUUUAUUUAUAAAUUUUUACUAUUACUGAGUACCUCGACCCUGCCUGAAGGCUUCCGAUGCGCUACACUGCCGGGCUCCACAUGCAGCAACCCGGAAAUGAUCGCUCGGGUGCCCGGCAGUGUGGGGGUGGGUAUUUUUAUGAUGGCUUGAUAUCGAUGCAUCGUGUAAUACCCUUAGAGCGGCUGGAAGCGAUCACGAUCGCUUUUUGGCCACGGACGUACAGGGUACGUCAGCGAUCGUUGACUGUUUUUUGGCCGGAUAUACCUUGUAUGUCCGCAGCCACUAAGGGGUUAAAAGAGCCCAUCAUCAUCACUUGUAGAUCUUGUAAAAGAAAUGUCUGGUUAUCAUAGUUUGCCUGACACUACAUUUCAUCUCUGUGGCCUCUUGUAAAGCAUAUGUGUUUUCAUGCAUGUAUGUAUGUUGGGAGUAGCGGCACAUCUGUUGUGUGACCUGUGCUAACACUUCCUGGCAAAUGUAGUGCUGCAAAUUAAAUUGACCGUACACAGAUUUCCAGCAAGAUUUCCUACAAAAGUGGAGCAUUUUUUUAUUUUUCAGUUUUUCAAUACAUGUACGUUCUAAACAGACUUUCGAUAAGUAAACAUUUUAGUGCACUUACCACUUGACCUCCAUUCACAGUGAUUCAGUGACACAGGGGUUGUGGCCUUGUUUGCAAGUUCCUGAAGUAAUAUUGUCAUGAAAUUUGUAUAAUUGCCCUGGAUAGUUGUAUUGAAACACUAAAAGGUGCUUUCUUGCUCAAAAAUGUUUUACAAUACUUUGGAUCGAAUAGCAAUUGAAACUUAAUCUCACUUUUAUUUGAUGUUCCAUGGAUAAAAAUGUUAUGAAAUAAAGUUAUGUGUUUAGCUUGAUGAGAUUCAGUGACCGUUGAGUGAUCAUUGGUUACCUAUGGCAAAACAUUCUCAUACACUGUGGUGAAGAGAUUCAAUUGAAUAAUUGAAGGACACUCACUGUCUAAAUACAAAAUAAAUAAUCACUAUUGGGUAUACCCCCAAUGAAAGCAUGCAUUAUUUCCAUUGGGGUAUAUCUAAAAAUAACUUGCAAAAGCUGCAGUUCUCUUGUCUGCUUCCUUUGCAAGCCAUCUGCUUCUAACCCAGCCCAGUCUUUCUGUAGCUGUUCAAUCACAGACUUCUCUAGACUUCACAGAAAAGGCAGUGUUUACAUUGCUGCCUAGGUACACCUUUAGCGCCAAUCACUCAGAUGGCCACUAGAGGUGCUUCCUGGGUUGUGCAGCAUUGAUGUUUAGCAUCUCCACGCUUUCUAUGCUGCGAUAGACCAAUAUAUAGCAGUGAAGUUAAAUUGCUGAAUAAUUUACCUUACAAAUGGCAAAAUACCCAGAUGCAAAUGAAUAGAUUAAAGAGCUGUCACAUGCUGCUCUGUUCUGCGGAGAUGUCUUUCCUUGGCUUCUGGUAUCCAGUACUCUUUUUACAAUUCUUGUUUAGUUUUUCUGGUUUUCUAUUCUGUGUUUGGUUUUCUUUAUGCUGGGUUUUCUGGGUUCAUUCCUUUAUUCUGUCCCUGGAAUUCCCAGUAUCCUGGAUUCCAUUAUAUGUUUGUUUUAUGUUGCCACACCCUUUCCUUUUCCAUUAAUCCUUUUGUUUCAGUUGGUUCCUGCAGGCAGUUGCUCCAAGUCCUCUGCCCCUUUCUUGCAGGUAAGUGCUGUGUGUGUUUUAUUAUUGUUUAUUUGGUCAUGCAUAUCUAGGCAGAUAGGAACCCACCUUAAUUGGAGCACUUUGGCUCAGUGGUGGGCUGCAUACAUCUUGGCCAUUUAUGUAGGUCUAAAUCUUCAAUGUUUUACAUAUAUAGUACUAAGUUAUGUCUCCUGUUGUUUUGCCUUGUAUCUCUUGUCUUGUUUUAUUUUGUCUUGUAUUCCCAGUUCAUGUACAGUCCUGCCCUGCCCUGUUCAUGUUUCCCUCAUGUCUUGUGUACAUGUUCUGUGUUCUGCUUUUUGUCCUGCUCCGGUUCUGGUUUCUUCUAGUAUUGUCUUGUUUGGUGCCUACUCUAGUCUUGCCUUAUUUCUGUACUGGAUACAUAUCUGCUGCAGAGCCUCCCUAUUCAGAUCCUGGGAGGUCUGCUUCUUGUCAUCUGGCAUCUGGGAUCCGCAGAAGCUGCAUCAGGACGCUGGUACUCAACACCAGGGGGCGUGCGGUUACCCUGCACCAGGCCCUUAUAAUCUAUUUCCACACAGUGACUCCUACUAUCAAGAUCAGGCAUACUGGGGCCCGGUCAUCGGACCGCUACCCUUGACAAGAGCAAUGUAUUGCAAUUACAUUUUGAUCAAUUGAAAAGAGAUGACAGAUCGCAUUGAGCAGCAACUCAUGUGAAUUGUGGAUCAGCGUGACAUUUGCCCUUCUUAGAAACAAUGCUUUGUAUUCUGUUUUGCAGUCAUUUGGCAGUUUAUUCAUCAAACAGGCAAAAAUGGCUUAGUGUAGAGGGGGAAACAUUUAAGCAAAUAUAAGUAUUUGUCUAAUAUUGAGAUUUGGAUUUUAUUUUUUUACUAAAACAUGAAUUGGGGAGAAUUGUCAAGGCCAUUUCAGUUAUAUUUUCCAAAACCACUAUUUUGUCCUUAAUUUUGUAAUUCUCUAGUAAUUCUUGAUUUAGUGAAUAAUCCCAGUAGACAUGAUGAAAGCUGUUUUGGAUAAUGUGGUCUGCCCAAUUCUUAUAUUAUAUCACAGGCUUCCCUCUUGAUUUUGUUUACUUAAUAGGAAAGCUGAUUCCUGCUGGGGGCCUGCUCCAUGCAUCUCCUCUGCAAAUCCCUCUGUAAAAAUAGUUACUGAUAUUACACCUAAUAAUGUCCGCUUGAAAAACCACUGCACUGACUGAGCAUCCUGGGCUGUUCCUUUGGGAUGGAUUUGUAAUGAAAUUCAGGACUGCCAAAUCCAGUUCCUCUCGUCAGCUUAGCUGACAUAUAUAUAUAUUUAAUACAAUGCUAAACAAAAAUCUGCACACCAGUCAAGCCAUAAGACUUGCUUUUCCCACAGAAAUCCCAAAUCAGCAGAGAUGUUACAACCGCAAAGGAUUCUGGGUGGGCAUAUGCAAAUUAGUUUAACAAAGAAUCACAUUUUUGCCUCAUUCCAUUUUAAACAUGGAUACCUUUUAAUUUGUGUUUGCAGUAUACAACUGCUUGGAACACAAUUUAGGAUAAGAUGCAAAACCAGUGAACCACUCAUGGACAGCUGUUUCGUUGUUCAUGCAACUCUUCAGCAUGAGGUUGGUUACUGGUUUGCUUAGUGAGGCUUGGUAGUGCUUGGGAAGCAAAAUAUAUAUAUAUAUAUAUAUAUAUAUAUAUAUAUAUAUAUAUAUAUAUAUAUAUAUAUAUAUAUAUAUAUAUAUAUAUAUAUAUAUAUAUAUUCCAUUAAGUGUAAAAAAUGUAUUCAUACUUACCAUAAUUUUCUUGACGAUUAUUAAUGGCGACAUUUAACUAAUGGAUUGGCUCCUCCCUCUAGACAAUAGGACAGGAAAACAAUUAAACAAUUAUGUAAGUAGGUAUAAUCAGUGGUGUAUCCUGGUUUUGUGCUGCCCUAGGCAGGACAAAACUCAGGCGCCCCAGCCCCGCCCCGCCUUCUAAAUACACACACACACAUUCACUGACAGAUACGCAUACACACGCUAACAGAGACACACACACUCACUAACAGACACACACACUAACAGACACAAACGGUCAUGCACACACAUACACAGUCAGACACACACACACACUAACAGGCAUAAACUGUCAGACACACACACACACACACACACACUAACAGACACACACUAACAGACACACAGUCAGACACACACUAACUCACUAGCAGACACACACAGACACACACUAACUCACUAGCAGAUACACACAGUCAGACACACACUAACUCACUAGCAGACACACACUAGCAGACACACACACACAGUCAGACACACACACUAACAAACACACCCACAUGAACACAUUUUUUUUUAAUUUACCCCUCCCCCCCCCCUUACCUUUGGGAAUGCGGGGGGGUUCUAUCCUCCCUGGUGGUCCAGUGGUUGCGAGUUAGGGAUUGAGUUGUCCGCUUACGUUUAGUGGUUGGGAGCCGGAAGAUGACGUCAUAUUCCGGCUCCCAGCUUCACUCUGCGGCGCGCGAGGGAGCUGAGCAGACAGCCCAGAGGAAGAGCUCCCUCGCCAGCCGCCCGCCCAGCCCGGCAUGUCUGUUAGCCGCAAGGCUAACAAGGCAUUUGCCCUGGGCAUUUGGGGGCAGCGUUUUUUGCCGCCCCCUAAAAAAUGCCGCUCAAGGUAAAUGCCUUGUUUGCCUCGCGGCUAAAAUGCCCCUGGGUAUAAUACUAUCCCCAAUAGCACCUGCUCCCCAGUCAAGUAAAAGAUGAAUCCAAAAAAGGAAGAGGGGAAACCCAAAUGCUGUAACGAAUAAUAGCCAGGAAAAGAAAAUUAUGAUAAGUAUGAAUACAUUUCCAUAUUCCUGGCUAAUCAUGGCAGCAUUUAACUAACGGAAAUACCCAAGCAGUAAGAAAACCACAGGGAGAGAAUUGAUGCCAAAAAAGUUUAAUUAAAUAUGUGAGAUUCAGGACUGAAAGGCCAAACUGAAGCAACAACCACCCUGUAAUGACUAACAAAUGUCUUAAGCGAGGAAUAAUUUGCAGCUCUACCCAAGAGGUAAAAAUGGACCUUGGAGAGUGAGCACAGUUGCCUUUAGGACCUGGAACACCAUAUGCAUUGUAGACUUUUGAGAUUACCGCAGUAAUCCAGAAACGGAGUGUGGAAACUGAAGCAGCUUCCCCUUUGCGGGAACCCCAAGGCAUAAUGAACAACUGGCGGCUGUACGUUGAAUACAUACCGAGAGGCAUCUUUUAAGCUCCAGUUUGUGACAUCUUUGCCCUGUGAAAUCAGUGAGUGCCUCUCAAGAGCCAGGCCUAUAACCUGAGCUUGUGGGUUCUGGAUGUAGCAGUGAACCUUGUGACAGCAGGUUCUCUGAUAUCGGAAUUUACCAAAGAUAAUCUAUUAAAAGCUUCUGCAGAAUAGGAAACAAUGUACAAAGAGGACAGAAGGGAAUGAUGACUAUCAACUUGCACCUCUCCCUGCAUAUUAUCCUGAGGAUUGUAUGUAUGAGUGGAAUUGGAGGGAAGAUGUACGGCAGCUUGAAGUUCCACUCCACUGACAAGGCCUCCUGGGCUAUUGCUCUAGGAUGUAACCUCUUUGUUAUAAAAUUUGAGACCCGGGCAUUCCAAGCUGUGGCCAUGAGAUCCACCUGGGUAAGACCCCCACCUCUGGACCAACUGCAGGAACACCUUCUUGGAAAGUCUUUCACCUGAUGUCUGCUCAGUAAAUCUGCCACCAUAUUUCCUUCACUGGGAGAAACAUUGCACACAAGCCUGCUAAAUUAUGUUGUGCCCAAAUUAUAAUUGGUUUAAUUUUUUUUUUUUUUUAUCAGGGAAAAGCUCUUGGUGGUUUAUAUAUGCUGCUGCCUUUCAGUCCUGAAUCUCACAUAUUUAAUUAAACUUUUUUGGCAUCAAUUCUCUCCCUGUGGUUUUCUUACUGCUUGGGUAUUUCUGUUAGUUAAAGCCUGCAAUUCUCCAAGGGCCUGGCACCACAUCUUGGGCAGGCCGCCGACAUUUCCCUUCUCUUAGAUUGAGAUCUAGUGCCAAACCGGUCUUGGCGGCUGUGAAAACAGAAGUCAUGAAAGACUGUGCCCCCUUAUGCACUCUUUUUUUUAGAUGAUUGUAUCAAAAAGGAAAGGCAAGAGAUUUUACUAAAACCAUAUAGCCUGCGUGGUGUACAAUCCUCACCAAGGAAUUUGAUGUAAGAAUCUUGUAGAUAAAAGCAUCUGGAUAAAAUCAGGAAGAUCCAGGGUUGGGUAAAAACACUAGUUUUUAUUAGAAAUGAAAUAUAAAACCAUACAAGGGUAACACACGAACGCAUUUCACCAUAAAUUUAGGCUGCCUCCCCCCACCUUUUUGUACUGUAUCCCUUCAUGACCAGAAAGAAGAGACUGUGGUUUGGGUUGUUUCUGCUGCCUACCCAUGCCCAACAGGCACUAGAAAUCUUAUAUGCUAUACCACAAACACUAUGGUACUCAAAUAUUUUUUAGUCUUUACUGCUGUGCCAACGACAAGGACUUAUAAAUAUAAGCUCAAGAGCUCACUGCCUAUCAUUUCAUAUCCAUCUUGUAUGGGGGAAGUAAAACUUCCAUAUUUUCUGCAACAGCUUAUGGUCUUGCCUUUGGGUGACAAGACAACCCUGACUUUUGUUAAAAUCUCACAGAUAUAUGGUUUGGCAGUAAUGGGUAGAAACAGAACAGUACCAUAAUCACUGCAAAAAGCUGUAGUGCUUAUGAUGCUUAAUGUCUCUUCAAGAUAAGAUGGUUCUUCUUAUAGAGACAGAACAAGUGUAAUUAUGCAGUAAUACAACCAUAUGUAACAUUCUGUUUAAAAAGGUUGCUUAAACAAUUAGUUUUACCUAGAAGGUGAUUUUAAUGCUUAAUAAUAUAACUGAAUAUAUUAAAUAAUAUUACGUUCUUGAGAUCUUAAUUCAUUGUUAUUAGUUGUCCUUUGGGUGUGCUUUUAGCACUUGAACUUAAGGUGCAGUAUAUCAUGAUUCAAAGUACUAACAGUUUUUGUUAUGAUUAAUCUUUAAAGUACGCUGAGGGCACGAUGAAGCUACUAGGUUAGGCUGGAACAGUGACAUCAGCAAAAUGAAUGUGACAGCAGAACUUGAAAUACAUCUAUGAGAGUUUUAGGAAUUUAAAACGUGUGGUGUUUAAAAUAACUUUAUAUAAGCAGAUUAUAUCUUUUUAUUAUUCUCUCUGUCAGAAUGUACAGAUCUCACAAAAUGACCUCACCACCUUCAACCUUCAGAUUUUCAUUUAGUUUGAAAAGCGAAACUUUCAAUUGCAGUUUAUAUCCCACAAAUAAGUAUACACAUCCAGUUAUAGUGGAUAAUGGUGCAAGUAGUUUACCUUUAAGUACAGCUAAUUCUGUUCAAAGGAUGAAAUCUGCUAUGUAUGGUUUUAUUUAAAGUUGCCUUUUCCCAUAAUCGAUGAGAUAAAUGCAAAUUAUUUCUGUAAAUAGUUGUGGGCCGUAAGGGCCAUUUACCCUUACGUGUUUCUCAAUAUCUACGCAAGUGUAGCUGUUGUUUGUUUGACUUGCCUGUCAUAUAGCUUGAGGGGGUAAUUUGUAUCACGGCGUGGAUCACUAUGUAAAAUACAGGCUAGACGUUUACACUGGGAAGAGCAGUAUAAGUGAUGUAUUCCCUGGCCUAGUUGUCCAUCCUCGUUUGUUAUUUGUAGAUAUUUCUUGUGUAAUACACAUAAAUUGAAUGCCUCUGUAGUGACAAACUAUAAAGAUUCAAGAAGUAUAAAUUACUUUCUAUUGAGAUAAUACAGUGCUUUGUCAUACAGUCUAAUAAUCUUUUCGGUGUCUCUGGGAAAUCUCUCCUGUUUUGCUUGUAUUUAGAUCAACUGGGUUGCUAAUUGCUGACUCGGAUUUGUAUCUGCCUGCUGGAUUUUUAUCUAUAUUAUUUUUUUCCCAAUACUAUAAAAGUAAACUGUAGGACAACUUUGACCUAACUGUAGAAGCCAAUCCCAAAGGAACCAGAGAUUACAUGCCCUAUGGCACCAAAAUUAUUUGUAACACCGUACAACAAGAAAAGAUGAAACCUCUUAAAGGAAUGCUCUUAAAUCAUAAAUCAAUAAAGGAACACACAGAGGGUAAAACUAAAUAAAAUAAUAUCCAUUUUAUAUAUAUAUAUAUAUAUAUAUAUAUAUAUAUAUAUAUAUAUAUAUAUAUAUAUAUAUAUAUAUAUAUAUAUAUAUAUAUACGUGUGUGUUCCUUUCUUGAUUUAUAUCACUUCAUCCUUUUAAAAUUAUAUUACUAUAAAAAGAAAAAAAGGGGUUUAAAAAAAAAAAAAAAAAAAAAAAGCUUGUAGUCUGUCUCCAUGGCAGUUUCCAGUUGGCAACAACUCACUAAUGAGAUUAUCACUUUUGAUGAUCUUGGUCCAAUUCUUCUUUAUGCAUUUUGCAUAGAACCGUUUGGAAACCUGUGGUACACAAACAGCAAAUUUCAGUAUCUGACGCUUUUAAGAGAAGCAUUGAAUAUGAAUGACUUUAGUUGUUCAUUUGGCUUCUGAGAAUGGUUGUUAUGGUCCUAAGAUUAUUUCAUCACAAAAAAAAAAAAAUACUUUAUGAAGGCAAGCAAAAAUGCCAUUGUGUUUUAUGAAUAGCCAUCUUUCAAGACCUGACAUAACCCAACCCACACAAGAGGAAGGGUCCGCACCGAUUUACUUAAGCCAUAGCUCCAUUAAAUCAGAUAUAGUAGAGACACACACCGUUUUAGAUUCUAUCUGCCUUUGUUUUAAAGGGACACUAUAGUCACCAGAACAAUUACAGCUUAAUGUAGUUGUUCUAGUGAGUAUAAUCAUUGUCUUCAGGCAUUUUCAUGCAAACAUUGCCUUUGCAGAGAAAAGGCAGUGUUUACAUUGCCCCCGAAGGACACCUCCAAGUGGCCACUCCUCAGAUUCAAUGCAUCUCUAUGAGGAGGUGCGUAUUGGCCAAAACUGUGUUUGUCCCUGCCCCCAUCCCGCCUCCUUGCCCAUUUCAGUCAAUCCAAUGCUUUCCCUACGGGAUUGGUGGACCCACGCGGUGCUGGUAAUAAGGUGAGUUUUAACAUUUUCCAAGGGAGCUAAGGAGGGGCAAGCCACCUAAAUGUUGUAUUUAACACUAUAGGGUCAGGAAUACAUGUUUGUGUUCCUGACCCUAUCGUGUUCCUUUAAAUGCGGCUAGAUUUUGCCAAAUUGAACUUCGUUUACAGAAGAGUUUACUUGAUCCGCACACCAUCUCACCCAACUGCUCCUAUAGGGAAAAAGAGCAGCUAAGAGCAUAUUUUGCAGCACAUCUAGUCAAUAUACUGCUGUGCACACAUCUCAAAACACUGAAGAUAAACACUGAAUGAUAUUUUGCUGAGCUGUCCCGAUCUUUCUUUUUAAUAAAAGUUCACUGGUUUUGAGAUGUACAGAUGACUUAUAUACACAGUUUAUAGUUCUCCUUUAACUUGACCUAGCUUGCUUCCCUUAUAUAAUGCAAAUUCUGCUCCCUUUAAAAGAACAUCCCAAGCUCUCUAACAAAAACACCAUGCUCCCUUAAUGUAAUUAAUCAAAUAAUUUGUCGAUACUUUGACUUCUUACCGGUGAUAUGCUGGGUGUCGCUUUCUGCCUCAAUGUAGGCUGAUAGGUUGCUGUCUGAAUGAAGCAUGGUGGUUCAGGGCUUAGCUCAUUGGCUGAAAGCGAUCAGCUAACACUCUUGGCCUUUGAUCUGGACUUGCACUGCAGGGCUUGGCUCAGGAGAACUAAUAGGAGCUCCUCGCAGGAACUCCUGGCACCAACAGUACCAGAAGGGAAGGAGCAUGGAGCAGAACCCAGUGGACUCCAGGUAACGAGUCAAAACAUUUUAUUUCUUAUAUUGGUUUGAUUUCUUACAUUGGGAGGUGCCAUGGCACUUCUAGCACCAUAAAUACUACUAUGUGCUGUAGUUGUUAUGGUGUUUGGAGUCUUAAUUUAAGCCUUACAUGGCAAUGUUAAAAAAGUUUAGUGGCUCUUCAAAUAUAAAAUCCGCAAUGAUAGCCAAUCUUAGACUGUUAGAAUGUUUGAGAGAACAUCUGCCUUAUAUAAGAGGAUUUCCUAAGGCUGUUGCAUAUUCAUAGGACCUCACCCAUAUGGGAAUGAGGCACGUGUAUCACAUUUCUAUUAAUAUAAUGGUGUCAUUUAUGUAGCAAUUAACUCUCAAUCAUAAUGUUCAAUAUAUGACUGUAACGUGACCAGUCUAUUUAUUUCUGGGAUGCAUGCAAUAUAACAUAUUUAUAUUGUGCGAACUUUGUAUAGCAAUAUAGUAAUUAUAAUAAUGUUUUGUAGAGUUUGUUGUUAAAUUCCACUAUGCACUUUAUUUUUAGUCAUAACGAGGAGAGUUACCAGUUGCAUUACAUACUGUCGUUUUUUUUUUGUUUGUUUUUUAUCAUUAUGUAAUUUUUUCUUAUGUUUCAUUGUCCCCCAUGUUCAAGCCAAGAGCUUUAUGUAUGUAUAUUUUCUUCUUCUUGAUUUUACAAAACAAAGCUAGGAAAUAUUUCUAACAUUUAGGUUUCUUUCUAGUCCGAUGCAUGUUCAUCCAAACACAAGAAACUCCAAACCCAAACAGUGUCAAAUUUAUCCCUGGUAGAGCUGUGCUAGAUGGGGGAACCAUGGACUUCCCAAACCGUGCUGCUGCAUUUUGUUCACCUUUGGCCAGGUAAAGUGAUUUGGCACCACAGAUUUUGUGCAAAUUGUUUCUUUAUUACGGCCCCCUUUAAAAAGUUGUUUAAACUCACCUUUUUCCCACGGCAUUGCUGGUCUCGCCCCCUUGGCUGAGGCGAUUGAGCAACACUGAGCAAACUGCUGCACUUUGCCAUUGAAUGUCCCUGCAGGCCUUUUAAUGUAAACAGUGCCUUUGCAGAGUAAAAACAGUAUUUUUAUUACUGGCUAGUAUCACCUCUAUUGGCAAUCACUAAGACAGCCACUAGAGAUGCUUCCUGGGUGAUUGCUGCACAGCAUGCGGCACCUACAUUCAGCAUCUCCACACUAUGCUUGGAGACGCUGAGCGCUCCUCAUAGAGAUUCAUUAAUUCAAUGCAUUUCUAUGAAGAGAUGGUGAUUGGCGCAGUGCAGUGGUUUGCUGAGUGUUGCGUAAUAGCCUCCCAAUUUUGUUGGUCUCAGCCACAGGGGUGAUACCAGCAGUCCUUGGGGGAAAAGGUGAGCUUAAACUUUUUUUUUUUUUUUUUAUAAGGGUGGCAUUUGACCUAAAUAGUGAUUUUAACACUAUUGUUUCAGGAAUACAUGUUUGUGUUCCCAACACUAUAGUGUUCCUUUAAAACAUGUUGUAGCGAUCUUUAUCAAUCAUACAAUUCAAUCGCUGACUCUUUUCUAAAAAUGGUAGCAAAUGUUCUUUUAAAGAGAAAUGGUGCAGCUUAUUAGUGUGUGUGUGUGUGUGUGUGUAUAAACAAUAUAUACUUGUGGUAAGCAAAUGUUGAAAGGAAACAACUAAGUCAUAUAAGUUGUACUGGUGAAGGAGAGGUGAGUUGAACUCAGGAAAGAAGAUAAAGAUAAAUGGUGUCAUAUUCACCUGCCAUAGAGUAAAUUAGUAAGUCUCAGAAAUGAAAAGAACACUCUAAACAACAGGGCUAGGUCAUAAGUUCAUGAUCUCCAGGUCUGUCUCCCUUCAAAAUGUGUUCUUAGAACUGUACCAGUUUGCAAAGUCUCAGUGUGUCAUCCAGGGGCAUUUUAGCCGCGAGGCAAACAAGGCGGCAAAAAACGCCGCCCCCCAAAUGCCCAGGCAAAUGCCUUGUUAGCCUCGCGGCCAACUGACAUGCCGGGCGCUGGGCUGCAGAGUGAGGCUGGGAGCCAGAAUAUGACGUGUAUGUUUUGUUAGUGUGUGUGUCUGACUGUGUGAGUGUGUGUCUGUUAGUGUGUAUGUGUGUGUCUGACUGUGUGUCAGUGAGUGUGUUUGCCUGUGAGUGUGAGUGUGUGUCUGUUAAUGUGUGUUACUUCCUAGGGCAGAUCAAAACCAGGAUACACCACUGGUUUACCAAAUAAGUAGACAAGAUAUUUUGGGGUGCAACGGGGAAUAAGAAUGUUUCAAAUUUUGGACCCAUAAUCAUCCAGCCAAAAAGCCAUUUAAUGUAACAAGUUGAGGAAGCAUCUUGCAUAAAGUAAAAAGGAGAUACAGAUAGAAUUGUCUGAGACCAUCAAAGUAUGCGACAAAUCCAUCAAAGUAUGCAACAAGGCCAUUAAAGGAUGCAGCAAGCCCACUGUACUAUAAAACGGUCUAAAAAUUAGUGACCGUAUUGGUAUUAAUGGGUCUGCCUUAAGUCUAAAAAUAUACUCAAACUUUAGUUUCAGUCAAGGCCUUGAAAAUAAGUAUAUUGUUGUGUUCCUGUAUAUUGUAAGUUUAUGCGAGCGGAGUUCUCACCAGCCUAGUGUUCCUUUCAGAAUUUGUUAUAGUUUGUCUUGUUUUGUUAAUUUCCCCAUAUAAAAAGUGUAAAGUGCUGCAUAAUAAGUUGGCGCUAUAUAAUAGUGAUACAUAUGAAUAAAUAGUCAGCUGCCAUUUUUUUUUUUAAUUCUUUUUUUUUUUUUUUGAAUUUUAAAAAAAACGCAAAAAACAAAUGUGAGGAAGGCUGAACUUGAUGGACGCAAGUCUCUUUUCAACUAUGUAACUUAAUUGUUACAGAAAUGAAAAGGCAGGUUGAAGUAACAGUAACAGGGAACUUGUAGUUACUUGAAUGAGGUGUAAUAAGGCUAGUAUCGAGUUUUCUGACUCCGUUAUUGUCAGCAGAAUGUCGUCUGCAUAUGCUGAGACUUUAAAUGUCUCUCCCUUGUUAUUCCUUUCAGUUUCCUUGAUUCCCGCAUCGGUGGCAAAAGGGGUUCUAGUGACAAGGCGAAGAGAAGAGGGGACAGUAGGCAUCCUUGACGUGUCUCGUUGUGGAUUGGGAAAGAGGAAAGUGGGAUAUUAGGAAGCACUAGAUAGCUUUGCGGGGACUGAUAUGUCAUGGUGAGGAAGUUCUGGAAGUCUGCUGGAAAUCCCAAGUGGUCUCUGACCAAGCUUAAGUAAGGCCAAAGGAGGCAAUCAAAGGCCUUCUCAGCGUCUAGGGAAAUCACGGCCACUGGCAAUUCUCUACGAUUGGCAUACUAAAUCAGAUCAAUGUUUUGUCGGGUGUUGUUAGAUGCCUGUUUGUUAGUUGUUAAAAUUCCUAUGAAAUUAUAAUUUUGAGAUUUGUUUUUUUUAGGAUGGUUUGUAUGAACUUUAAAUUUUAAGAAAAAAAUGAUUAUUUCUGAAGUGAAAAAAAUAUUAAUAAAAAAAAAAAAAAAUACAUAUUGCAAAUCUUUUCCUUCCUUUCUUCCAGACACCUUUUCAGAAUAGAGGGAGUAAAAGGUGUCUUCUUUGGGCCAGAUUUUGUCACGAUCACAAAGGUAAGACUAAUAGGUGACCAGUCAGGGUGGAAGGGGCAGAAUAAGAGAUGCUAUUUCAUGAUAUGAUUGUUACCCAAAUAGGAGAGUGAAGAAAUAGACUGGAAUUUGAUGAAACCCGAUAUUUACGCAACCCUUAUGGAUUUCUUCUCGUCUGGCUUGCCCGUAGUGACAGAGGAUGCUCCCCGCAGUGACUCAGGUAGUUUUACUUGGGACCCCUUGCCAACAAAAGCUAGACUAAUGAUAAGAUGAUUAAUGUCACUGCAAUCUUUUACGGUUUUCUUUUUUUACACUUUGGAGGGGGUAGAGUGCGCAUUAAUAUCAAACGAUUGCUUCAUACUUUGACUAAAACCUGAGCCACGCUACAAUGUGCUUUUCAUUUGCUUGACCUAGGUUUGUUGCAACUUUUCCCAAAUGUAAUGCUGUUGAGGGAGAUGACCUCAUGCAAGCAUUGUUAGUACAGCUGUGUCACUUCAUGAUGGUUUCUGCUAUACACCCAGCAAGUGAACUUCUUUUACAACACGCUAACAACAUUUCUUCAUCGAUUGCCCUUCUCUGGCAGAUGAGUUGUACAGUGAUUCAUACACGAGGAGAAACAGUCUAGUGAACUCCUUAUUAUGAAAUCUAGAAUAUCCAGUGGCAAGUUUAUAAAUAUAAGUUAUGUUAAUUUCUUGGUACUGAACAAAUAUACUUGCAUGUCUUGCAGCACUUCUGGGAGAACUAAUAUAUCUCUGUGUGAUAUUUAAUGCAGCUCAGACUGUGAGGACAUUUUAGAAGUAAAACUCGCAAACAGCACAGAUAAAAAAAAAAAAACUGCACCCUCUCCACACCUCCUUAUGUUGUCUUGAAGAAUGUAUAUUGCAGGGGUGUGACAGUUACCUAGUGUUAAUCUUCUGUCAUUUGUUGUCUAUAGAGUGUUGUUUUUUUUCUUCUUUCACACUAAUGUAUAAAGACAUAAUAAUGGGGAAGCCUAUUAUUCUUUCUCUUUAAAAUGUCCCAAAAACUGUAUUUAAGUAAAACAAGAUGCUCUUAAAAAUAUAUAAAUUACCAAUUAUAAGACACUAGAUAAUGUAAAAUACUAUAUAUAUAUAUAUAUAUAUAUAUAUAUAUAUAUAUAUAUAUAUAUAUAUAUAUAUAUAUAUAUAAACAGCACUCCAUAAAUACACACACCGUAAAAAAAAAAAAAAAAUAUGUACAUCUCUAUUCAAGUUUAUUUUUGUGCAUAGCAUCAGGAUAUCAUCUUCUAAUGUAAGGUCAUUGAGCAGGGCCCUCCACCUCUUUGUUCCUGUACGUCCAGUUGUCUGGUUACAAUUACAUGUCUGUUAGUCCUCCCAUUGUACAGCGCUAUGGAAUCUGAUGGCGCUAUAUAAAUAAUAAAAUCACUCCACAAAAAAAUGUACAGAAAGAAAACAACGAUACAGACAGCUUUGAAAAGAAAUCCCAAAUUAAAUUCCAAAAUACCUUUAGUGGAAUCUUACACAGCAUUAAGCCAAAAAUUGGCUUUAAUAUUGCCCAGUGAUAUGCCUGUAUUGGAGGUGUUUUGGGGGCUUAUUAUGUUCUGUGUAUUUUUAUGUAUUUAUGUAUUUUUAUGUAAUUCUCUGCAUAUGAGUGGACACUUUUCUGACUUUGUGUAAAUAUAUAUUGUUUCAUUGGUAUUGAUUUAUUCAUAGAUUGGGCAGCAGUACUGUCUCUGUGUUUAUUUUAUGUGUGACCACAGCCCAAAGAAAUUGACGGAUGCACCUAGAGAAGGAUAUAUUAGGCUAUGGGAUAUCAUUUCUUCUUCCUUUUUUAUUUUUUUCUUGUGUUGACUUUACUAAAGUAAGAUAUAAAAUCUCAGCCCAGAUUAUUUUGUGUAUGCUUUCUUAAAGCUGUUACAGAAGAUGAUGAUGAAGUGGUGGCAAUGAUUAAAGAACUUCUAGAUACCAGAAUCCGGUAAGACAAAUAAGACCCUGUGUCUGACAGUUCUGCAUUUGUUCUGUAUAUAUCCUCCCAGUGCACUUAUUUCCAAGUUUCUCUGUUUCUAUUGUAGCAUUUUUUUUCAUAAUGCUAUGUCUGUAAUAUAUAACAAGUAAUCUAAAAAACAAAACAAAAAAACUAAGUUCGUACAGGGAUUCUAUUGUGUAAGUGUAAAGUAUCAUGGAAAACACCUUUGUGUACUCAGUCGAUUCCAGCACCGAUCCACCUUGGAACUGGGUCGGCUCUCCAAUGUCAUCCGACGAGGGAAGGGUGGCUAAUACGCAUGUGUGACAAGCGCAUUGGGCCCUCCCUGUAGGAAAGCAUUGCUCAGUGCUAUCAUCCAGCAUCAAUAUAUAUAUAUACCGAUGCUGGAUGUCCACAUGCAAGGCGUGAGGAAGUCCAGCGUCCGUUAGGCAACCAUAGGUCGUUUAGCCACCAGGAAGUAUAUCUAGGGGCUGAUUGUGUCAGGCAGUUUUAAUCCUGCAAUGUAAUCAUUGCAGUUUCUAUAAAACUGCAAUGAAUUACAUUGCAGGACUAAGGGAGACAGGGAAACUGCACCCAGACCACUUCAAUGAGCGGAAAUGGUCUGGGUGCCUAUAGUGUCCCUUUAAAGUGAAGCAUUUAUCAUUCAAACCAAUGUAAUGUUCCCUGUGAUUGGCCUAAUUUUGUAUUUUUGGACUAGCUUUUCUACCAGGUGUAUUAUUGAUGCAAAAAAAACCAAAAAAACACACGUUUUAUUAUGGCUCUGUUUAUAAUAUUUUAAGAAAAUGUAGUCAUUAAUGCUUUACAGAAGAUCUUUGUAUGUGUGGCGAAGAAACACUUUUUCCCUCAGUUGUACUGCACACCCGGUUCACCCUGUUUCCAAUUAACCCUUUAAAUGCUGCCACUUGGGUAAGGGAAUAGGAUCAGCACAAAAUGUAACAUUGUUUGUUAAAGAACAUAUUUAAACAGCUGUCUUACCAAAGUAAGCGUUUUCACGCAACGAUCCGCGAAUCAACAUACUGUAUAUAGAUGUAAUCCCCAUUAUAUUGCAGUAGCCAAGAAUCCACUUUAAACCCCAUGUUAUGUACUGGAUUCUUGCCCUGUUUACACAUUGUGUUAAUCAAUGGACGGAUCUGUAGGAUAUAUCUAAUUGUUCAGAAUUAAUGAUGAAAGCAGACUAUUAUUUAAGAAGAGUUCUCACUGCACAUAGAGGAAAAAUCAGAUGAAUGCAUGACAAAAGUUGUUACUAGUUUAAUAAGCCAUAACACGAAUAUGGAAAUUUCCUGUAACAGGCAAAAGUUGUUUAGGGCUUUUCAGAGUGUUUAUUGCGUUUUGAAGAUGUAAAAACCUAGUGUCUCAGAUGGCUAGCUACUACUUAAAAUGAUCUUAAAACGUGACUGGUUUUCUUUAGCUUUCACCCACAUAAUUAGUAGUGUCUGAAUUUUUUGAUAUUACUAUUUCUCAUUCUUUCCCUUACUAAAGAUGCCCAUUUGACUGACUGGAUGUUACUUAUUUUUUGACUUGUAGCAGACAAGUUGAUAAAUGUGUAAAAGCACAAACAUUUCACUUGAUGUCUCUGAGUCCAGCUUAGAGCCAAUAAACUUUAAAAGUAACUAUUUCUCUUUUAGAAGCAGAAGGUGUUUUUAAAAUAUGCAUUCAAGUUUGAGAAAAUGGCAUGCAUUUUUUUUUCUUUAAUUCUGUUCUUGUUAUAUUGUCACUUUGUCUUACAAUAUAAACCAAAUAAAAAAGUUACCUGCACUCUUUCCCAAAAUCCCUAUGUAUAUUUAAACAAAUGGAGGUUUUUAGUUACGCAGGUAACUUUUUUCUUUGGUUUUUACUGUAUGUAUUUGGGAUGAUGUGUACUAUGGUCGUUGCUGCCGACCAGGAGUAAUGGGAGUUUGAGUGCAGGACUUGUUUUGUUUUUGUAUUUGUAUUUGUCUUACAAUAUAUUUUAGCACAAAGGAUACUUUUUUUCUUUUUCAUUUACUUGCAAUACUCUAAUUAUAGGUGACAUUAACGUAAUGGCAUUUAAAUAGUAUUUUGUUUACAUACUUCAUUUUUUGUGAUGCAGGCUUGGAGGUGAGGAAAGCCAAAUGGAAGAGAAAAAUAUAAACACACUUUAGAAAAGAGAGAGUGAAAUAGAGUAGUAUAUUGGGGAAAAACACACCAUACAAGACACUAGAUUUCUUAGCUUUACGAGCUACUACUUAGCUCAAUCUAUUCAUGGAGGUGGAGUUUUGUUAGUUUAGUGUCCCUGGUAUCCAUUUCUUGUCAAAGAUCUGUAUGGCGUCAUGUACCUGCUUUGUCAGUUUGUUCAAUGUGAAAGUGGAAUAUUCUAUUGUGAUGACAUGACAGGUAAUUCCAGUGAUUCUUUUAUCACUAUCACUACAUUUGAGAGUUUAGUGUUGAUUUAUGUCAACUCUUCCCUGUUACUUAAAAUGUUUUUCCUUUCUAUGAAGCUUCAUUUGGGACAUGCUUGCAGGUGUCAGAUAUCACUGCAACAUGGUAUUGAAUCUCUUUUUUCUUUUUGAGUGCCAUGUGUUUUUUUUCUAUGUAAUAUUUUCUUCUCAGAUUUGACCACUUAGUCCUUAGGGCAAAUUUGUAAUCUGCUGUGGUUAUUUAAAAAAAAAAAAAAUGUUUAGGAUUGUUGUCAGAGGUGAAGACAUGUUAAGAGAGCACGUGCAUUAGGCCUCCCCAUAGGAAAGCAUUGAAUCAAUAGGGACACUGCACCCAGACCACUUGAAUGAGCUGAAUUGAUCUGGGUGCCUAUAGCGUCCCUUUAAGUUAGUCUGUCAUCCACUGUUUCUUUUAUGAUUCACUCAAGACAUAUAAGGAUUUCUAGAAAUGUGGAGCGGUUGUAAAUAACAUCCGUAAUUCCUACUCCCUUGUGUGAUAUUUUGCAAUACAACCAGCUGAGUGACUCCUUUGUCACCAUGGUCAAAAAACCUUUCUUGGAUGCCACUGUAUCUGUUAUGUAGGAAAUAAACUGGAAUUGUAACAUUUUCCUGCAUGGUAUGAAUGUAAUUGAAAUGUUGUAGCAUUUUCUUUCAAAUUAUUCAAAAUGUGUCACACUAGACUUGUAUAAUACAGGGGAAUAGACUUCAUGUUCGAUAAACACCAGACAGAACUGGGUUAUUUAACUAUUUGGUAGACAGUUCAUAAUUAUUUGGCCAGCAUUAAAUGUUUGCUUAGCAAGAUCUGAUAUCUUGGUGGAUUACACAGAAAAUUGUUCAUUGUCAUUGUAUGUUUUUGUGUGUUUUGUUAAAAGCCCUGCAGAUUGCAUUAUCAAGGAGAAAUUGUUGUACAGUUAAGUGGUACCAAUGAUGUUCACUCUGAUAGGUGCCUUUAUCACAUGUUUGUUAACAUUUUUGUCACUCUUCAAAUCUGGAAUAUUCCCACUUGGUCAAUUGUUGAAGCUUGUUGUAUUUCUUUAAAUAAUGGGAUGUUAUAAAGAGAGAGGCUCCUGCCUGCUCUCUUACAACACCCCCAUCCAAUCUCCUCACAGCCAUCACUGAUGCCAUAUGUAGGUUCAAGUUUGAGUUGCCAAAUACUGCUUGUUACUGGGAUUCAUUGUAGAUACUUGCAGAUGUAGGCUAUAGGAUGCAGAGAGUAGUUGGUGCUGAACAUGACUUGCUCCCCAAUAUGAAUACCAAGCUAGUUGUCAAAUUGAGAAAAUUAUUUUUAUAAGGAAAGUUAUGUUAAAGCAAUAAUUUGAAAGGAAUACUUUCCUGCAAAGUGCUUGUAUCUCUGUUAGAGUGCUAGAGUGGAGCCCUGGAUAUACGUGCUAGAGGUGAUGGCAUUCUAGGCAGUAAAACGGAUUGUGUUUCUAAAGUAAGUACAUUCUGCCACUGUAAAGACAAUGUCCUUUUAGUAAUAUGUAAUGAAUCAUUCCUUGUCUAUUACAGGCCCACAGUCCAGGAGGACGGCGGAGAUGUUUUGUACAGAGGGUUUCAGGAUGGCAUCGUUCAGCUGAAGCUGCAGGGAUCCUGCACGAGCUGCCCCAGUUCUAUUAUCACUCUGAAAAGCGGCAUCCAGAACAUGCUGCAAUUCUACAUCCCAGAAGUAGAAGGAGUAGAGCAGGUAAAAUCUCUGACUGUGCUCAGGUUUCACUUUUUACUGUAAAUGGGGAUAUUUGUGCAUUGUUUACUCUCUUUUUAUGUAAAGCAAUGUAAACAGAUCACAUGAAACACAUUUUGCAUAGGAAUACUCCAGCUGAUUUCAGUGAAUGUAGAUAAUCAUAUUUCUCAUGCAAUCCAGUGGGGAUUUAGUAAGAUUAAAAGGACUUUUAUUUGGGGGUAAACACUGGUUAAUCUUGUACAGUUUGUAUAAGAUGACUAAAUGUUCUCACUUCCUCUGCAACACAGAGCUGGGGGUACUUGAAACAUAAUCUGAGAUAUAAACUGAUCAGCCACAACAUUAAAACAACUGGCAGGUGAAGUGAAUAACGUUGAUUAUGUUAUUACAAUGGCACCUGUCAAGGGGUGGGAUAUAUUAAAGGGACACUAUAGUCAACAAAACAACUUUAGCUUAAUGAAGCAGUUUUGGUGUAUAGAGCAUGCCCAUGCAGUUUCACUGAUACAUUAUCUGCCAUUUAGGAGUUCAAUCACUUUAUUACUGUUUAUACAGCCAUAAGCAUACCUCCCUGCCUGUGACUUACACAACUUUCCUAAACAUUUCCUGUAAAUAGUCAUCUAAUGUUUACACUUCCUUGAGUGCAAAUUCUGUUUAAGUUAAACAAAAUGUUUAUCUCCUGCUCUGUUAAUAGCUUGCUAGACAUUGUAGGAGCCUCUUGUAUGUAAUUAACGUUCAAUUUACAGAGCAGGAGAUAAAAACUUUUAAAGUAAGUUACAACUGAUUGAAAACCAUUUUGUUUUCAUGCAGACUUUGCCAGUCAAAGUCUGGGAAGGUGUGUCUAGGGCUACAUAAACAGAGACAAAAGUGGUUUAGCUCUUAAGUGGUAGAGCAUUGAGCAGUGAAACUUCAGAGGCUUGAUCUAUACAGUCAAACUGCUUUAUUGAGCUAAAGUUGUUUUGGUGUCCCUUUUAAGUAUCAAGUGAACUGCCAGUUGAAUUUGAACUUGAAUUCAAUGUGUUGGAAGCAGGAAAAAUGGACAAGCGAAAAGAUCUGAGUGACUUUGACAAGGGCCAAGUAGUGACGGCUAGACAACUGUUUCAGAGCAUGCAGUGGUUAGGACCUACCAAACGUGGUGCAAGGAAGGACAACCAGUGAACAGGCGUCAGGGUCAUGGAUGCUAAAAGCUAUUUGAUGUACUUGGGGAGUGAUGGCUAGCACGUCUGGUCUGAUCGCACAGAAGAGCUACUUUACCUUAAAUUGCUGAACAAAUGAAUGCUGGCCACGAUAUAAAAGGUUGGAAAAGACUCUCUAGGAGCCGAUGUGAUUGAGGGGUUAAGUUAUAGAAUUCCUUACAUACACAAUAUUCACAUAUUAUCAUUUAUUUUAAAAAUAUCCAUGAGUACCUUUAAUCAGGCUUGUUCUCCAAUAUGGGAGUAACUUAACUAUCAGUGUCUACACAUUUCAUUUAGAAUUUAAAUUGACAGAAAUUAUUUUCUCAAGGUAGGGGUACUUAGGAAUUUUUCUGAGACCUGCAGGGCUGAGAAACACUGACCUACGUAUUGUAUACUGCAUACAUGUAAGACAAUGAAUGCACUGUUACAGUUACUAUAGCAGCUUUCAAAGAAUGCAUUUUAACGAUUUCUGUUUGAGACCUUUAUGUGUAAAUUUCCUUGAUCCACAUUCCCCUUGUAUCCAAGCCAAGCAGAUAAAUUUUAAGCACAGUUAAAUCUAUAGUUUGGAGUCUUCUCGCUGAAAAAUCAGCUUUGUUUUCCAUAAUGUAUUGCUUACUUUUCAUUACUACUCAGUAUAGAAACAUUUUUUAAUGGUAUCUUGCUAAUUUUUUUAACCCCUUAAGGACCAAACUUCUGGAAUAAAAGGGAAUCAUGACAUGUCAGACAUGUCAUGUGUCCUUAAGGGGUUAAAUGCUCUCACUGCAAGUUGCCGUUUUUGAUUUUGACUUUUUUUCUCUAGUGACAAUUAGACUCUGAAAAUGCAACUAGUCUUUUUUACGUCAUAUAAAUGAUACCUUAUCCCUCCUGAAUUUAAAAAAAAAAACUAUUAAGGGGCUAUAUGGAGUGUUUAAAGGGGCACUCUAAGCAACUUAACUACUACAACUCACAGGCUUAAUCCACCUGGUGACAUAAAAUGGUGCUCUUUCCAGUACCUGGAGAACACCACCCUCUUCUGGCACAUAGAUGAUGUUGAAUUAACACUUCUGUAUAUCAGUUUAAAUUACAGUGGUACCUUGGUUUACAAAUUCCUCCGUUAACAUAAUUUCGGUUUACAAGUGAAAAUCCAUUGACAAUAAUGCCUCGUUUUUUUUCUCGCAAUACGCAGCAAGUUUCCCCAGGAUGAAUUACACCUGGGAGGUUUAUAGCGCCGCCACAUGCAUGCUGGAGUCUGUGGGUAGCACGUGGCGUCGGGUGUGGAGAUGGUUUUUGCAUUGAGUUUUGGAGCCAUUCUGGAAUUUUUUUGCAGCGCUUUUGUAACUUUUUUGGUGCAUUUCUCAAGUGGUUGAAAGGUAGGGAGCUGAGCUUUGUUGUUUGCAUGCCUUUUACUGUGUGUUCUGCAUUGUGGGUUGGUUUCCAUGCCAGCUCAUUUUGACUUUUUUCUGACUGACGGAAUGGAUUAAUUGUUUUUUUAAUGCAUUCCUAUGGGAAUUUUAGCAGAUAGCAAUUAAAGUAAAAUAGAAGUUAUAGGUCUACAUUAAUUUAAACAAAGCAUAUACUAUUAUGUUUUAUUGCAUCAUUACCUGAUUCACCGGCACUUGAGGUCAUGGAUAUAGCAUUCGUUUUAUAUUUUCCUAAUAUUGUCCCUUUAAAUAUGAGUUCCUCGUAGAGCUGGCAUGCAGUGAGUUAUAAGACUGUGGACUAUUCAUUUAGUGAGGUGGUGCAGAGCAGCACGUAGCUUAUUUUUGCACUCCGUACAAAUAUGGAAUUUUGGUGAUCGCAGAGACUCUCGGAGGUCAGCAUUUGCCUUUCCAUCUUAUAUAAACACAGCUUGAAAGAGAUGUACAUUUCUUCUUUCAUGUCUUGCUUUAUUUGCAUGUUAGCGGUACAACUUGAUUUAGUAAACCUUUCAUAAGAUAGUUUAAAUUGGUAGUCAACCUAAAGCUAUUGUUUUAAAUAAAUACUUUGAUGACAGGGUUAGUGUAACCAAAAUGUAUUAUUUUUUUUAAUUAUAGUAACCUUUGUUGCUGGCAUCCCAACCCACCUCCAUAAUAAAAAAAUUUAAAAAACUGUUCCUGGCUUAACUUCUGACCAUGAUAAUGGCAGUUAGGUUAGAGAUUCAAUACAGACACUAUAGUAUUGCACAAGAGGAAGAACUGAUAUUUUUAAAAUGUUGUGGGUCCAGCUACAUGCUGUAAAUCCUGUAAGAUAGCUUUAGCUAUAAUCUUAGAAUAGGUUUAUUUUUCCUUUUGGUCCUCAAAAAUAUAGAGCAACAUUUCUGGUUACCAGUAACAUAGAUGAACAAUUGCAUUUUUUCUCAAGUUCCUUGGUUAGCAGUGAAAGAGUAAAAGAAAUGGAGAGGGCACAAGGGAGGUAAUGAACUUUGGGAAAUGGAGAGCUCAUGCUCUAAACCUUGGCAGACUCUGGGGAGAAGUGAGGAAGUGGAACUGUAUAAAAAGGUGUCAGGUUUAGGAUAUAAAUUCUUUUUUAGUUUAGUGCUUUGUGGGAGUGUUUUUUAAUUUUAUUUUCCUUAAUAUAUAGGCAAAGGAAUAUUGAAGCCAAGCAUUUAAAGGGACACUCCAGGCACCCAGACCACUUCUGCCCAUUGAAGGGGUCUGGGUGCCAACUCCCAUCACCCUUAACCUUGCAAGUGUAAUUAUUGCAGUUUUUAUUAACUGCAAUAAUUACCUUGCAGGGUUAAGUCCUCCUCUAGUGGCUGUCUAUCAGACAGCCACUAGAGGGAAUUCCGGCUUCUUAAAACACAAAAAGUGUUUUAAACUACGCUGGACAUCCGCAUGCUAUGCAUCAGGACCUCCACCGUCACCGGAAUCCCCAUAGGAAAGCAUUGAAUAAUGCUCUCCUAUGGGGAGGUCUAAUGCGUGCGGCUAUUGCCGCGCAUGCGCAUUUGGUCUCGGGGAGGAGUGUGGGCGGAGCCUGACCCAGCACCGAGGGACAUCGGUGCUGGAUUCAGGUAAGUCACUGAAGGGGUUUUAACCCCUUCAGCAACAUGAGAUGGGGGUGGGCGGGAGGGGGAAUUGCUUUCCUGGCACUGGAGAGUCCCUUUAAGUAAGCCAUGCUAUUAAAGAGAAAGCAUGCUGGAAACUCAUAUAAUGAGUGAUCUAGACCAUUUUUCUUUCACCUGUGCUAAAGAUAGAAGACAGAUGCCAGUUCCCCUUAGAGCUCUUGAUUCACAACAAUAGUGGGACACAAGGCCCAUCAAUCCCAGCCAGACCCUAUUUGGUCAUUAGAGUUGUAGCCUGCAGCAGCUCUAGUGCAGUAGUUGUCUGUGUCACCACCAGUGUUAAAUUAUGAACAUAACAGAUUAAAGGACCACUAUAGUGUCAGGAAAAAAAAAAAAAACGUUUUCCUGACACUAUAUAAUCCUCAGGGCCCCCAUCCCCAUUUGGCUGAAGGGGUUAAAACACCUUCAGCCACUUACCUUUACCCUCGGCGCCGGUGACCUCUCUACCCCUCCGAUGUCAGCUCCUGAGUGGAGCCGAAUGUGCAUGCGCGGACAGAGCCACGCGCGCUUUAAAAAUGCCAUAGGAAAACAUUUCUCAAUUAUUUUUUUUGCAUUGAGCGUCGGGGAAACACCUUUAGUGGCUGUCAGGAAGACAGCCACUAGAAUCUUGAUUAACCCUGCAAUGUAAACAUAGCAGUUUCUCUGAAACUGCUAUGUUUACAUCUGAAGGGUUAAAACCUAGGGGACCUGGCACCCAGACCACUUCAUUGAGCUGACGUGGUCUUGGUGACUAUAGUGGUCCUUUAACAGUUACCAAUUUGUGUUUAUUGGAUACCAAAAUGUUAGACAUAUGGUUUAAAAUGAUAUUGUAUCAUAUGAGGCGUGAAGUGUAAAGGGGCUAUUUUAGAUCAUUUAGGAGGGUUAUCUUACUGUAAACCUGCUUCAAAAUAACGUGUUGCGAGAUUAAUUAGCAUAGCCUAUUAUGCAAAAUCAUGUUCAAUACCUAAGUUUUUAUGUAUAAGUACUGUACAUCCUUCUGGAAACUAUUUUACUGUGUUGGCUCAUAUUUCGCCUGUAUGUUUAAACACCACAUACUUAGUGACAUAUUUGCCACUGAGGACAUUAAAAAAACAAAAUAAAAACAUGCAUUUCUCAUAUGCUAAUUUAAAGACAAUACGAAUAAAUGUGUCAAUUUUAAUGCAUUUAUUACAAAUUAUGAAUUGUGCUUAAAAUCUAUAUAUAUUUUUUUUUGUUUUUUUUUGGUGUAAAUUAUAGCAUGGCGAUAGGAUUUAUUUGUACAAUAAAAGAUCGUCAAAAUCCUCCAUGUCUUUCUAUAUUGGAAAAAUGUCCUAGCUAUGAAAAGGACAUUCAAUUAAAAUAAGUGUAAUUUUUUUUUUUUUUAAAACAGCAUCUGAAACAUAUACAGAAAAUAAGUAAAAACAUAUUCUAAAGGGAGUGUUGCCAGAUCCUCCAUGUUUUCCUAAAAACAUAUAUUACUACUGUAUGCUGAUUGCCAGCAUACAUAAAGCAUAUGAGCGCGUUUUUGUUUUUUUUGUUUCAUCUUGGUUUUUCCCGUUCUAUGAAGACAGCGAUGGUAUUAUUACUUACUGUGAUCCAUGACCGAGUCACUUCUGGCAAAAGAGGUUUUUAUACAAUUAUGCUGAAAUUGGCUGAAUCUGAUUGGGUGGGGUCUGCAAAGAAGGGCUUCAGAUAGAAAAUUGUAAAUGGAAAGUUUUUCUUUUAAGUACAUGAUGAUUUAUGUUAAAUCACCACUGACCCCCUGACCUGUUUAUCACUUUCAGUUGUGGAAAACUGAACACACACCCCUCAAAGCCAGACAAUUAAGUAAAUCCAGCAUAUGACAAAUGUUUUUAGAAUUUAGGAACCAGACAGUUUUGAAGAUUAGGUUUUUUGUUUUUUUUUAAUAUAUUAACUAGUGUUGCCAGAGGAACAAUAUUUUCUUUGACAUUUAUCACUCAUACAUGAUGGUAGGCACUAUAUGAAAAGUGCUACUGUGUCCUGCAUAGAAUUUCAUAUGGUGUGAGAGGGUGAAUAUAUAAUCAAUGAGGAUCCUUCUCUCUCUCCCUCCCCCCCCCCCCCCCUUUAUCUCCCCUCUCCCAAAAAAGAAAAAACAAACUACCUUGACUUCUUUGGUUAUUUCCCUCCAGGAACUAGUUGUAAAUGCUUCAGGGCAGGACAUUUCAUUGCUGAAAUGAUUUAUUUGUCCAGUAAAAUAUGAUUGACCUGGCAUCAGUAUUGUUAAACCACAAGUUAACCCUUCACUGAUUGCUUUCUAAAUAUUGCUUGUAUAUACUGUAAUUAGCAUGAAAUUAUAGAUUUAUUGGAGGUUUGGAAAUUGUGGAGACUUGCACAUUAUUUUACAAGGAUUUGAGUUUGCACAACUGUGUAAACAAAAAUACAAUGUAUGUAUUGAUCCAGUUAGGCUUUUAUAAGCAAUGUCCUUCUGUGUGAUUAAUCAAUGAUUGAUUUAAACUUUUUUAAUUUUUUUUUAAAAAUAUUCUAUUUAUUUUAAUUUGGUAAUUGCUUUACUGGUUGUGCAACUAUUGUGCAAUCCGUAUCUGAGACUUGACUGUGCUUUUGGUAUAUUUGCACAGCCAGAGGUCCAUGUGUCUGUCAGCACUGUAUUUAAUUGAACUGAAUGAAAGACUGUAAACAAAACUUUAUCCGAAAAUCAUGUACUUAUAUAAAUGUGCUUUAAGAAUUGACAAUUAACAUCUAUAUGUGAGCACGGUUUCAUAUUGAUCUAAUCAUUUGACAUUGUUAGGAGGGAUUCCAUAUUGUACUUCUUAUAGAUUCCUUUUUAGGCUUUUGUGAAAAGAUACUAGUUUAACCCCUUGAGGACACAUGACAUGUCAUGAUUACCUUUUAUUCCAGAAGUUUGGUCCUUAAGGGGUUAAAGGGAUAUGAAUAAAUACAUUCUAACCCGCUGUUAUGAUUAAAAGUUGCUAGACCAGUAGUAUUUUUUUAGGAACACUUUAAAAAUCAUCAGUGCUACAGUUUAACUAAUUUAGCCCUGAUGUAUACUUUUUUUUUUUUUAUAGGCAACCCUAAAUAAAAAUCUAAGUUGGCUACCCUGCUGUUGUGGUUAGGGUUCCAGGAUUGCCCUGGCACCAUCCAAGUGUAAUUUGUCAAUCCAUUUCAGAAUGGUUUGACAACUUGCCUUGGUUCCACUGGCCCUGCUUCCAGAUUGUUUGAAGGAGAAUCCGGUUAGUACAACUGAGAGUCAGAUGAGCUGUCUCAGCUAAUGAGUAUUGGUUGUGCUUUGCUGCAGGGAGACAUAAGGCUUCUCCUGCAAGAGUAGACCUUAUGUGGUGUAAGCAUCCAGGCCAUCUAAGUAAGUUAUCAAACUGUUCUAAAACAUGAAAUGGAAUUGUAUGAACUGAUAAUUGUAUUAGUGUUUUGGGGGAGGGAUAAGAGGGUUUUUGUAGUUCCUGUUUAAUUGGGCAUUAAUUCUUUUUACACACAUCCAGUGAUGCAAUCAAACUGGUAGCAAAAUAUUGAAAUUCUCUUUAUACAUGUUUGCUUGAAACAUUUUCCAGAAUCAAAUGGAAACACGUUUUUCUAUUCUCCUUUUCAGGUAACUGAUGAUGAUGAAGAGGAAACUGGGAAUGAAAUCAAUUCUCCCUGACAUUACCGGGCUUAAAUCUAGGUGUUGCACACAAUAUGUCUAGUAAUCUGUCAAAAGACCUUCACUACAGUGUCAGUGUCAACACAAGGGACGAAUCUGCAUCCUUAAAACAAAAAACACUGAAUGACCUUUUAUUCUUUUCUUAUUAUUUUCAUUGUUGUUUAAUAUCUAUAUACUUAAAAUAAAAGUUGUAGAAGAAUAAAAGAGUUUGUUAAAUAUUUAUUUAUAAAGUGCAAACAUACUGUGUAUUGGGAUCUUUCUAUAUUCUUGAUCUGUGUGUCUCACAUAUACCAAAA